GAGAGAGAGGUGUCAGCUGGUCAAAAAGUACGGGUCGAGACCAGCGUGUGUGUGCAUGUGUUUGGACGUGUGCGAGUGCGCGUUGACGUGUAAGUGAUUUCGAGUGUGUGUGUGUGUGUGUUCGUGCGUACGUGUGCAAGGACAGGAUUUCGGGGGAUGGGGGUGGGGGGAAACAAGGUGUAGACAACAUAACAGCGGAGUGAGUUUUUGGGGUGAAGCAGUUUGAGUGGAGAUCCAGACGAGGACAGUCGACGCGCCGCCGGCUGCUGCUGCUGCUACGUCGCGCGUCCUGUAGUCGAUUCUCAGCUGCCUGCUGCUCUUUGGUUACAGUAAGUACUUUGUUUCUUCCUAUGGGAACUCAUACUGGAAAAUUUUGCUUUAACUUAACAUCAAUGUUCUUCCAAUGUGCCGGUGCUUAUUGAAAAAGAUGCACAGGAGAGAGAGAGAAUGUGUGUCAGCUUCAGUGUAUUUUUGCAGUGGAGUGAGCUCCUCUCUCCAACAACGGUAGUUUCUGUUGCCCGUAUUGAUAUUGACGUUGGCUUCAUGCACUAGAGUUAAGCGUCUGUGGAAGAAGCAUGUUGUUGAUCACCAGUUAUUUCCUGACUUUAAAUCAAUGCAGUCAUGACUGUUAGUGUUGGAGUGAAGGUGGAAGAGAUUUUUGAAGAUAAAACAAACACAACUCUUCACUAAGCCUGUCAUUCUGUCACUCCCUACAAAUGCAUCUUAACUUCUUGCUCUAUUUUCCUUCCAUGCAAGUCAACUGUCUGAACACAGCACCCUUAAGGGACAACUGCAUUGGUCCAAGUGGGUGUGUGUAUGCGUGUGUGAUGCCUUGUCAUAAAGCUCCAUUAGCACUGACUUAGUGAAGGUUAAUUUCUGCACACUUCCUUCUUUCCUUCCCAUUAGGGUUUUUUGCAAGGCAGAGAAACAGUGUGUGAGCUACAGGUGCAGAUAUGAAGCUGAAUUGUUUUCAGUGUAAGCAUUGGAGUUCAUUUGUAUCCAGAAGGUAUAGAAGUGUGCCCCCAUCCCCUUCCAAUUACAUGUGGCAUUAUUAAGUUGUUCAUAGCCCUUCUUUUAUUUUCUGGAGUCCCUUGUUUGACCAGUAAAGCUGAAUUACUCCCUUUCUCUGCGGGAGGAACCACAAAUGUCAGCAAAUGUCAAGCAGUUGGAGCUUUGGCUUUGCUUUCAGGCUUAUUAGCCCCACAUACAGUCUGCCUCGCCUGCCCUUUUGGCCAGCAGUUAGAUUGUUGUAAACACACGAGUAAUCCCCGAGUAAGAAUGUGUCAGAUAUAAAAACUGGUCAGAGAAAAAAUUAUCAGCAGCUGAAAGGCUGGCAUUUCAAUGAGUGUGCAACUGUGCACACACAUUUAGACACAGAUUCUCAGUCAGCAGAGCAACCUAAAGAUAGCAGAGCCCCAGUGGAAACAGUAAUUAGUGGGGUGAAAAAAAAAGAGGGAGAGGGAGAAGAGAGGAGGAGGAGGAGGUGGAGGAGGAAGAGAUAUUGUUUGAACCAUCUGAUAUCUGUUAUAUAAUGACCUGUACAAUGGAGACAUGCUGGGAGAGAAAGUGAAGAGAAACCAGCAGAGUCAAAGAGUGAGAGGAGCUAUUUAGCGAGAGACUGCAUGCAUGUGUAUGCAACCUUUGUUGGAAGCAGUAUUGGUGUUUAAAGGGAGUACUUCAAACCAAUACAGGAGAAUCCAUCGUGAUAAAUUUCAUCUCAAUAUUAAAAUUUUUAAUUCAUGGAGAGAGAAUCUAGACAAAAAAAUCAAGUGGAUUCAUUGCUGCUUUUCAUUAAAUAGGGUGAGCAGGCAGGAGUUGAUAGUCGAUUUCCUGGUGAUUUUAGGCAGGAGGAUGGCUUCUUGUUGCCAAACCCAUAAAACUAGAGAGAAAUCCCAAUCGACCAUAAAAGUAUUCUUCCAUAAAGAUGCUUUUAAUUCUCAGCGGCUGAAGAUUAAAUGAUUUGCGAAUAUUUCUGUAACCUGAAGUUCGACUGCAGAAGCAGUAAAACUAUGUCAAACUCAGUCACUUUGUUUGUACCCAGUGCCUUUAUUUCUUUUAGUAACAGGAGAUUCAAAGUUUAACUGCUGGAAAUGGAAAAGGUAUUGCACAAUGUGUGUCUUCUUUCAGAACAGAAACAUGCACAUAUGCCGGACUUUCCGCUACUCUCUCUCAAAGCUGAUAAUCCUGCACAAUACAGACACAAUUGGCCAACUCCCAUGACAGUUUCCAACUAAAGGGCUCUUCCACUCUUCUCUCCCUUUACUUCCCCCAUUAGUCUGCAGGUGGUGAGCGCUUAUGUGUGUUGCCAGCUUGGAGACAUUUUCUUGUUUAGUCUUAAGCCCCAGGCUUUGUUUGGGAACCGACGUGUGUGUGUGUCAUACACAAUGGCUGUGUUUACAUUGGAUUUGGUGUGCACAUGUUCAUCCAUGCACGCACAGGCAGGCUUUGUUUUUUCUCAAGCAGAGAGAAGGGUGAAGGGUUUUUGUCUGGUGUCUUCCUGGCUCACCAAAUAAAUGCCAGUCUCACAAAAAUGUUGCAUAUUAUUAAGAACAGAAACCAUUUCAUAUCCAUGAAGGUUAGUCCACUAAUGGUUAGCUGACUUGUACUUUUAAAAAUCUUGUAGUGUUUUUUUUUUCCUGUAAUCUUAAUGUUGUCAAAUCAGUGAUGUGUUAUCUGUGUCCCCCUUUGAUUCAGUCUGUGCUUUGUCCUCUCUUCCCAUUUAGGGUGCUGGUGAGACCAGUGGGUGACAUUCCCUAUAAAGGGAGCCGUGGAGGAACACCAUGGCCUUAGCAGGAUGUCCUGAUUAUUUUUUACGGCACUCAAAUUACCAGGUAAAUAUUUUGUGGUGUAUGUAGGUGCUUUUCAGUGGGUCAUGAAGUCAUGUAUAUGUGUGAUAAUCCAAGGUUAAAUUUUCAUCAAUUUAGACAAGAUUCAGUAGAGAUGUUGCACCCUCUUCAUUGGGUUUUUUUGCUUUCUGUAGCAGGAAGAGCUCAAGCAUAAAUAUAUAUUGAAGACUGGAUACUUUUUUUCAUCUUUGCCAAGUGUUAGCAAACAUAAACAGUACCAGAUCUCCGUUUGUAACUCAGUACGUUUACAUGACACUUGAGAAAACCAAAUUAUUGCCUCACUCUGAUGAAGACUGGACAACUCAAGUGCAUGUAAACACCUUAGUCCGACUAUAAUCGGAGUUUAAGAACUCCGAUUGGAGUCGAAGAACUCAGAUUAAGACACCCAGAUAAUGCAAUUGGAAUUUGAUUUUCUCUACCAAGUAACCAAUGACAAAAACAACGCUGUACGAUGCUCCAUCUCCUUGCUUGAAAAUGCCCAGCAGCAGCUGUAGCCACUUCUGACCUCUGGCAUGGACCUGCUGGUGUUGUUGCAUCAACCGGACACAGCGCCGCUGAAAAGACCCAUAUCGCCCCCUAGUUUUGGGGAGGAGGACACGUUCACAUCAAUAAUUUGAUUUUCUCAGCUGCAUGUAUACACGGACAAGGAGAGAAAAAAAAAAUUAUAAGCUAAGAACUAGACAUCCUUAUAAAUAUCUUUCAACACAUAUAUGAAGAUAUGAACAUAAUAUCCUUCAUUUAGGUGUGAGGCUUAGGAUUUUACUCUAAAUAGGGAAGCACAAUAAAUAUUGAUAAAUUUGAUGUUGCUUUUUAAGUUACUCACGGUAUUGGCGAAUAUAAAUAUUCUUGUCAUGUGCUCCAACUAGGGCUGGGGGCGAUUUGUCAACCUAGUGGAUACAAUCGACUACGUAAUUACAUUGAAGCAAAAACCUUGCAUUGACGCGUCACAUGAUACUUGGGUAAUGGCUACCUCAGGUACCUGUGGGAGUGUAGACAGCAAACAAGCUCCACCCAAAAGAUCUCGCCCAUGCCCAUGCUCAUACAAAGUGUGGGAGUAUUUUUUUUUAGACAAUCGUACCUGGGGGGUCGUUUGAUUUAUAAGCAGCUCCUCUCAAUCAAUGCAUGCAUUCUGCCUGUCUUACAGUGAACGCCGCAUCAUCCUUGCAGCAUCCCGGUAACACUCAUUUACUUUAAGCAUUUAACUUGCAGUUGAAGCAUCAGUAUUGUGCUUUUGUUUGAGCUUGCAGUUAUUUUGCAUAAAAUGGCUGAUAGGGAUACCCUAGCGGGUUAAAACGCGCACCAUGUCAGGGACCAUGUUGGCCUCCCCCCUCCCUCUCUAUCUCCCACAUUUCUACUCUGUCCUGACCAAUAAAGGCAAAAAUGACCCCAAAUAUAUACAUGUAAAAAAAAUUGGUGGAUUACAAAAAACAAACACCUGAAAACCUCUGAGCUGUUAAACUUAUCUAGUCCUGUAUCUUACUCAGCAAUGUAAAUAAACAGUUCCCAACAAAAUGGCGACUUUGGCCCACAAUGCAUUGCAACAUCACAUGCCCUUUCAAGUCCUAUUAUUCCCACCUAUGCAUUUCAGCCAUGCAAUCUCAUAGUAGAUUAUUUGUCACAAAUGAUUAGUUUCGCAAAUAUUUUGUCUCACAAUUGGUUGUGUGGCACUGACUUUCUCACUUAUAAAUGAAAAACAAAUAAGAAAACAAAUAAGAGAGUGUUUUGAUUCUGUCUUUGAAAACUGUAUUUGUAUGUCAGUAAAACUCUCUGUUGACUGUGAAAAUUAGGAUGGAUACUGAAUCGGAUGUUCACAAUUACAGUAAGUGGAUAGCUGUUUUCUGAUAAAUGAUGCUUUUUCAUCAUCUCUCUGUAAUUCUUUGUCUGUGCGAGGAUAUUCAUUGUAUUAAAAUCGCUGUUGGCAGUCCUCGCACCUAAAAUGUCAUUUGACCGUGAAACGAAUUAUACGAGUGGAACGGCACCUGUUGCCCGCUGACGUCAUGCUGGUCUGCCUGACAGGUGACCAAAUGAAAAGCCUUGUCUCAGAAUCACAACAACAGAUACUGAUCAGCAACUGACACUGUUUCAGAGCACAUUACUGCCAAUGAGCAGUGUACCUUAGUGAUGCUGAUGUCAGGAGACACCAGUGUCAAAACAGCUGUUAGCUUACCACACAUGCACUGUCUGUGCUGAUGGCUUCUUAUUUUGACAUUUCAGGGAUUAAAGGGAUAUUCUGGCGUAAAAUUCAUUAAGGGUGAAACACACCGUAACACCAAGUUAGACACCCCGUCGAGAGAUGAAUGUUGCCAACCGCUUGCUUCUCUAGUGAUACCAACUUUAGUAACAACCGCACAAUAGCAAUACACACUGGUCUAUGGAUCCACUCACAAACCUCAACCAAAACGCCACUUUAUACCCACAAAUAAUGCUCAGAACAGCACCUAACUUCAUCAACAGUACAAGUAGGGUCCAGGCCAUAGUACUAGCCACCAGACAUAACUUUGCCUGAUUUCUUUAGCAAAGAGACUAAACACAACUCACCUACUCUCCUCCAGCAGCCGCUUGUUUGUAGCGAGACUUCAGGCCAGUCCGUUACGGACUACAGAAGGGUGAUGCAGCUCAAGGAAGAACAUUUAUGAUCAUUACUUUAUCAUUUCCAUGAAGUAAUAAUCAACAAAUUAUAGAAAAUGCAAUCAGACCGAGAUGAUAAGGCAGAACUACCACAUCUGCAGUGCAAAAUGAUUAACAUGUUGAUUAUUACUUGAAGGAAAUAAUAUAGUAAUGAUCAUAAAUGUUCUUCCUUGAGCUGCGUCACCCUGCUCUAGUCCGUAAUAGACUGGCCUGAGGUCUCGCUACAAACAAGCGGCUGCUGGAAGAGAGUAGGUGAGUUGUGUUUAGUCUCUUUGCUAAAGAAAUUAUGCAAAGCUUAAAAGAUGUUUGGUUGCUAGUGCUGUGGCUGGGACCCUAUAUGUACUGUUGAUGAAGUUAGGUGCUGUUCUGAGCAUUAUUUGUGGCUAUAGAGCGGCUUUUUGAUUAAAGUUUGUGUGUGGAUCCUCAGACCCCUGUGUAUCGCUAUCGUGCGGUCGUUACUAAAGUUACGGUGUGUUUGACCCUAAAUUAAUUUUACGCCAAAAUAUCCCUUUAAGUUGGUGAAAAAAAGUACUUUAGCGAUAAAAUAAUUAGAUUACUUCAAAGAAGAGGAAAUAACAGAAUCUUCUAUCAUAUUGUUUUUAUUUUGAAUGUGUCAGGAAACAGCCUUAUAGUCAUGUAUUCAGUAGAUUGAGAACUAAGUUAGUGUCUGUUUGCUUGUUUCUUGAAAAUAAGCUAUUGUUUUCCCCUCUCUGUUAGUUCUGCUUUGCCCCCCUCUGACUUUGUAGAAGAAAAAUAUGUGCUUUUUCAGAUACUAAAUCCCUCUGCGAGUUUACAGGCUAUGUACACUUGUGUAACACUUUGUCAAAACAGUGAACUUGAAAAACAAAAUGCUUGAAGGGCUGUGGGAUGUUGUGUACAGGUUUGUGAAACAUUAAUAGUGACAAUGUUCAUGUGGGUCCUACUCUAUGUAGUACAAUCAUACAAACUUGUGAGAGUGAGUGUAGACAGUGGUCCUGUGAGUGUAUUGCUCCACAUUGAGCGACUCUCGGCCUAGUUGGGUGAAACUGUGUGUCUCUGCAACACAACAGACCCACUUCCACUGUCUAACUCCUGCAGAAUGAGCCCUUUGUUUCUCAGCUCAGAUUUUCUCUUCUCUGGCUCUCCAGUAACCUAAAGAAUUUGGCUAAAGAGCAACAUCGGGGGUCUAUAAAUAGAGUGCUAAACAAACAACAAUAACAAACGGGGGGCUUUGUUGUGUGACAGGCUUAAAAGCGAGGGACUGAUGACAUGACGUCUUACUGGGAGCGAGGAAACGAAGGAGGUGACGUAGUGUCAGCUGCCUUAUUCCUCUUAGUCGGGGUACAAGAAUGCAGCUCUCUGCAAACCCGAACCGUGGGACCAAUGAGCCCCCCGUUGAGCUGACAUGAAGUUGGAUUGGUUCACAUUAGCUUCCAGGAAAAGGUUUUGCAUCAGCAGAACUACGACUGAAUAGUGAAUUGAAUCCCCACAGAAAACAACAUUCCUCCAGCCUGCAUAUAGGGGAGUAAAAGCAGAGUUUGAUAGAAGGAGAGAAGUAGGUUACGAGAUUUCUGUGUGUGUGUGUGUGUGUGUGUGUGUUAUGUAAAGCUCACCAGUUGACAUGACACAGCAUGACAGACACACGUCCACACUCACACAUACGCAGAUUUCCCAUGGAGUCUCUCUGAAAGUAGCGUCUGAAGGUUCAGUGUGUAUCGAUAAGGUGUAAAUGAGCCAUCUUUUCUGCAUACUUACAUAACACCGUACAUAAUGUGGAGCAUGUUUGUGAAUCUGGGCAGUGUUCCAGGCCUGUCCUCUUAAGUCUGUGUAUAUGUGUGUGUGUCUGUCGAUGUUGGUGAGAACUUUGGCCCUGUGCCAAAUAUGUCUCAGAGUACGCAGCUAGUAACACUUGAUUUCUUUCUCAUCUUUCCCUUUUAUUCCUAGUAUUAAAUGUGUUUUUCUGAAGGUGCACAGUUGAAUCUCGUCUGGUGUCACUUUAAACCUGUCUAAAUGCAGAGAGACUAGUUACCUCUUACAUGAUACUUAAGGUCAAAGGUCAGGGGAUGCUUGCUGCAGUCAUCACUUAGCAUCAUUCAUCUCAUAGCUGUGCUUUCUAGGAAGCAGAGCCUUUGAUGCUCUCAGGGAAAGGUUGCUGAAAUGCUGACUUAUUAAUGCUGUGGGCUAUAGAGUGAAAGAGGAGAGGUUCGUUCAUAAUGACAGUGAACUCAAGAGGAGACAUGUUUAUCAUUGUAGACGGUUUUUCAAGCUGUCUCCAGGAACCAAGUGUCUUUUCAAACUAGUGUAACCUGAAGACUCAGUUCCACAAAGAGAAAAAAACAAAAACAAAGUUAAUAUCUGCGUAGACAACAGAAGCUGAAGCUCCAGUUUGUUAUUCUUGUUCGUUUAGCAGCUGCAUUGUGGAAAUCACUAUAAAAGGACAGCAGAAGAAGAACAAGAGAAAGGUAAAUCAUCCAACGCCAGCGAAACGGCUGUGGAUUGAUCAGUGACUUGUCAUGGUUUUUAUUACAGGUCAUCUGGAGGAAAUUAUUUGAUGACAGUUAAUACAGAUUAUUUUUAAUUCACUCAGGACAUUUUGCAGCAACAACAAUGCAUUGCAAGCAAGUGGCCAUUUUUAACUUUAAGUAAAACAUCUGAUCCUGUUGGAAAGUUUUAUAAAAUUAGUGAUGGACACUUAAAUCCUGCAAUAAAAAUACUAAAAAUGUGGGCCAUAUAUACCUUAUAAAGGUGGAUCUGUUAGAAGUUCAAUGAAAAUCUCAGGACAUAUUUGUAAUCAACAGUAUCCCAGAAAAAAACGUCCUUUUCUGUAACGUAAAUAGAUUAAUAUCUGGAUUAAUUAAUUCCAGUGGAUUAAUGUCUGUUCAUCUGCUUCUGGUAGGUGUGAGUUCAGAGGUAGAUAGUGAAUUAUAUAAGGGCCUUGCUCUGGCUGCAGUAUGACAUCAAGAGACCAGUGAUCUUCAGUUGACUCGCAUAUAAACGGUCUGCAGUUAAUUGAAUUAACAAUAUCAUGGAAAAGAGGAUUUUGGGGGAUUUUUGUAUUCAAUUCAGAGGAUAGUGCGGUGAGUACAGUGGGAAUAGAGAUUAGUUCGUAAUGUGGGGCAAAGGUUAGUUUGAACUUGGGCCGCCCACUUUUGUAAAAAGGACCUUAACCUUUGUACUUGCGGUACAAAGGCUGCAGUGAACGGUUUAACUACUGAGCCUUACAGGUGCGCUAACAUUAUUAUAAUCCAGAUAUGUCAAAAGUAAAUAUGUCACCUUGCUUUAGUUUGUUCUUUUAUCAAGAGAAGGAAACAUUUUUUAAUGCUUUAAAUAUCUUCUUGGAAGUCAACCUGAACUCUGAUCGGUGGCGUCAAACAGAUCUGUCAACAUCCACUUUUUUAGCUGCAUUUGUCGACAGAUAUCUGAUUAUAAAGAUAAGUAAAUCAUUGUCAGCUGGGAGUCAUUAAGUUUUUGGGACGGACUGCAUCUUUUCUUCACACCACUGUUUCUCAUUUAUACAACAAAGCAAAUUGGUCAAGAGUGCUGCGAAUAAAAUUAACCACAAAGGGAAACAUUUGCACCUCCCGUGUUUACAAUUCAGAGCAUGAGUGAAUUUUCUACCUAUGACAUAUAAAUCUGUAAAGACUGACCCAGUGAUGAACUUUCUUUGCUGACAAGAUGGUUGAAAGUUGCUGUUGAGAUACUUAGAGCACAAAACUCGAGAACUGGCUCACAAGCCAAAACAUUUAAAAUACAAAGCAACCAUUCAUAAAAAAAUGUACAACUUGUACCCUUAUGAAUAUGAUACUCAGCAAUAACAAGUGGUUCUUCCUGCAAUUACUGUUGGCCUCUGCAACCCCCAUCCAGAAAUUCCCCAUGCAGAAAUUACUUUUUCUGACAGUAAUAUUAUGUAAGUAAUUUCUUUUUAUUUAUCAAAUCCUGCCCUUUGAAGACAAAGCUAACUAUUGAGGUAACAUCCAGUUGCAUUAAUGUAUAAAAAAAUCUUCCUUUCUGCAGCAAUAUGUGUCUGUAAUAUGUCUGUGUGAUAUGUGUCUGUGUGAUAUGUGUCUGUAAAGAAGAGGGUUGUCACAGAGCCUAAGAGCUCAGUGUGAGAUUAGCUUGUCAGUUUGAGCAGGUGUCAACUCCUCUGAGAGCUAAUGUAUCAUACUUAUUAUGCAUGUUGGUUUGCAUUUCUCUCAAGAUUAGUAAGAUGUGCUAAAUAUCCGAUUACUGGACAAGUUACUCCAGCUAGUCAGCUCUAGUUGGAGCCUGCAGACUUUCUUUGUCAGCCCUCAGGCUCUGCAGCCAAGCUGCCUUCCUUGGAAAGCUUUUGGCUGUUGCUUCUCAGAGCAAUAAAUCUUUCUCGGGGCAUUUAUGGGUGUUUUCGUAGCGCUGAGGGGACCUGUGAGUGUGUGCGUAUGAGCAUACAUGCACAACAGGACCCCUGGCCAAGAGCAGUUCCUGGAAGCAAUGCUUCCGCGUUCUUCUUUUUCCUAGAAAAGGGAAGAUUGAAAAUUUGUUUGGCCUUUUUCCCUCCCUUUCUUUUCCACAGCUUUUUUGCCUUGAGGCUGCUUUGAAUUAGAUAAUGUGUGAGGAACUUGGCAGUGAGUGUAUGCAUCUCCAGACGUGUGAGAUUGUAUAAGUGUGCCUAAGCUGAUAUUUUUCUGCUCUAGAAAGUGAUUGAUCUGUUUUGUUUUUGUUUUUAAAUCCGGGCCUGAUGUGAGGAGUUAGAUAAAACGAGUAGAAUUUGAAGCAUGAGAGAGCAAGAGAGAACAUAAGACAGAGGCAGAGAGAGAAAUAACAAGAAAACAGAGACAGAAAGAUAGAAAGGUCACGGGGUCAAUGUGUCAUUGUGCCAAGGGUCAAAGUGUCACUGGCCUCUGGACUUGGGGCUUGAUGUUCCUCGAGAGCAGAGGUGAACCCACCCUUUGUCUGACCCUUUGAUUGCUGUGAAUAACUCGCAACACUGAUCAGUGAUAUGUCUGACAUCCUAAACACACUGCAUGUUAUUAUUACUGCAUAAACUCUGCUUGUUUAUAAGUAAAUCCUUUAUUUUUGUCUCUUUUGACAGGAAAGUAUGGACCGCACUUCUUCACGCAGGCCUGAGGAGCUAAUUGUUCCGAGUUUUCAGAGCUCGACCAAUCAGAAUUCGCCACAUCAACAUGGUAAUUUUCCUCUCUUUAUAUUAACUUUGUUAAGUUAAUCCUAAAACACAAAACGCUUUCAUUACUGAGCAAAGUUUUCAUGAAUUUUUGAGGUGAGAAAGAAUUUGAUGACAGUUCUAUUCAUGCUGUUUUCCAUAUUUGCCUUUUUUAUGAGCCGAAGUUUAUUUGCUGGCCCACUGAAUGUCUGACCUCUCUUCCUAGAAAUCCCUCCUCUUCAUUUCUAUCUCUUCAUCUAGUACAUUUUCCCCCUUCAUCAUUGCAGACUUGGCUCCGUGUGUGACCUCCCCCCCUUUCCUUUUUCAGUGCUACUCAGCACUUUUUUACGACCCUCUUCUCCCAUUCCUCGACACAUGCAUUAACGUGCUCUUUAUAUAUUCCUUAAAAUCCCGUCAGCCAUCAUGGAAAAUCAUGGGAAUCCUUUUGGAAAGCAGCCAAUUUGACGAGAAGAGAGCUUGUAAAUUUUCCUUCCCUGGCCUCCUUUUUUUUUCUGCCUUUGGUUGGUGGUUAAGUUGUCUGCUCCACUGAUGUGUGGUGGUCAUGCUUGUGUCAGACAAUUAAAUAUGGCUUCACGUGAAUGGGAUGAGUGGUUAGGGGGGUGUUUUAUAUGGGACUGUAGGUCAAGCCUUUGCAAGACGGAGGGGAGUUUAUAGAAAGUAGGCCACAGGUCUGUGGGGCAGGGGUGGAGAGCUCUGAAGGUAUGUAGGUUUGAACUUAGAAUGCAGGCAAACCUCAGACAGUGUGUCAGGGUUAUAAGAGGAGGUUUUCCUCUGUUGCACAAUUCCAUUUAGAUCAGAUAGGCCAUCAACAUUACCAUCCGAACUCCAGGUAGCAAUUUUAGGGUCAUGUUAAGGCUGUUUUUGAUAGAAGUUUAUCAAAGCUUGCAGGACAUAACAUCAAAGUUGUGUUUUUCUCUCUCCCCAAAUCUGUUCAGUCAGGUUAGUUUCACUGCUAUAGUGAUAUUAGCGUUACAGAUAUUCACAAUAAACACAGGUAAAGACUGAAUUUAUCACAAUACUUAUGUUUAUUGUAAUUCAACAAGCAAUGCCAUCUCACUCAGCAUGUGUUCUCCUUUGAGCUGCCUCACCCCGCAGCAGUCCGUAAUGGACUGGCCCGAGGUCUUGCUAGAAACAAGCGGCUGCUGGAAGAGAGUAGGUGAGUUGUGUUUAGUCUCUUUGCUAAAGAAAUUAGGUAAAGUUAAACAGAUGUUUGGUGGCUAGUGCUGUGGCUGGGACCCUAUAUGUACUGUUGAUGAAGUUAGGUGCUGUUCUGAGCAUUAUUUGUGGCUAUAGAGUGGCUUUUUGGUUGAGGUUUGUUUAUGGCUCCUCAGACUGCUGUGUAUUGCUAUCGUGCGGUCGUUACUAAAGUUGGUAUAACUAGAGAAACAAGCGGUCAGCAACAUUCAUCUCUCAACAGGGUGUCUAACUCGGUGUUACGGUGUGUUUGACCCUAAAUUAAUUUUAUGCCGGAAUAUCCCUUUAAUUGAUGUCAAUUUAGGGUUAAAACUGCUUUAGGAUUGACUUCUGAUUUAGGAUAUAAAGCAAACAUCGCCUUGUUGACACAUGAAAACUCCAGAUAGACAUGGAAACUGUGAUUUAUAGUUUAUAUGCACAAUUUGCUUUUUGAGUAUUCAUAUUAUUAAAGCAAUAUUUAUUGAUGUAAUAGUGCAUCACAUAUAAAUCUCACAUCCUGCAGGCUCAAUGUCUGAAUGAAAACUAAAAACUUGUGGCAAAAAAUCAUCAUCAUGAUUAUUUUUAUUAAAACUGAGAUCGCAGGUGUUGAACACAUUUACUGAUUUAUUGACAUAACAUGAGAUGCAUUUACAAAACUUUUAUACUUAUAAAACAUCAACACUCUGAGCUCUUUAAAACAUACAAAAUCAAUGAAAACCAAUUAAAUGUUAAAAUGUUUAUAUUUUUAUUAACCAGAUUUAAUAUGUUUUCAUGUUCUUGUCUGUGACAACCACUUUGUUUCGUGUGGUGUCUUCCACACUUGUUCACAGUUUAUUUAUUGAGCUGCUAAGUAUGACUUGUACAUCAGUAAUGGUUGUUAUGGGGAGGCGAUGACUAUGACAUGAUCACAGCAAACACAGAUUUUACAUGUUAUGAUAUAAGUAAGUGAAACCUUGCUUUUUAAAAACCUUUACUUCCUACAAACUGUCUUCAAACAUCUACAGGACAAAACUGAGAACACAUCAGAAAUUCACUUUUGUAGAUUAUUUUUGUUGCAAACAAAGAAAAUUAACUACACUUUACACUUACACAAAAAUUAACCUUUCAGCUGAUUCUGGGACCUCCAAUCUUCUGCUGGAGUUUGGUGGUUGUAGGUUUUCAUGACCAGCAGCAGAGAAAGUAACUCAGUCUGGGAUUCUGCAGGAAUUAAUUAGCGUAGUUGUGUUGUAGGUUUUCAUUGUCGGCCUGAAUAAUACUGUGUCAGCUCAUAUGCGGUUGAUAAAAGAAAAGCAGGACCACAUUAUAAGCCUGACGCCAACAGUGCAGCGUAGGCUAAGCCAGCAAUAGCAGGAGGGAGACGAAUUCCAAUCAUCAUCAUCCUCUUUUGCUCUAGGCUACUUUUUGAAUAUAAAGUGAUGGUUUCUUUAUCAGCCUUAAUCAACAAGUGAUGCUGCGAGGGUGAAAAGCUGUCGUCUAUUCCCCAAAUUAAGAAGAUCGAGGAUAUUUUUGGCCUUGAGAGAAGACUUGUGAGAAGUCUUGUCUGUGCAUUGAGAGUGGUAAUGUCUUCUAAUGUCAUUAGUUGUACAGCCGCCCACCCUACCUCCUUCUUUUCACGCAAUUUUCUCAACAUCAUAUGAAUUGUCAACAAUGUCUACUCUGUUCUGUACUCCAGUGGUCUUUGCUGCUGCUCUCCCUGCAUUGGCUUUUCUAUUCACAUUUGCUGAAUCUGGUUUUAUCUAUUACUCUUUUGUCUUUUCUGGAACAGCUGAAGGUUUGGAUUUGAAUCCAGUGCUAAAAGCAAGUUGAAUAUACAAGACUUCAAAUACUGGACAUUUUGUAAAGUUAAAUGUAUUUUUAUUCCUCCUGUGGAUAUCAGUUUGUAGGAGCCCAAUGUACAAUGUGCCCAUUUUGAUGCCAAGUCAGCAUGCCUGCUGUGAGGAGGCCUAAUGAAUAUUGCUGCUUACAUAAGAACAGUCUCUGGCUGUCCCCAUGUGCUCCCUCUGUCUCUUCCAACUAUGCAUGCUCCCUCUCUCUGUCACUCCAACCCAUGCCCUACUCAUGAACUCCAGCAUCACAUGACCUUGUAUCCCAGACUGUCCUUUAUGUGUGCAUGUGUAUAUGUGUCAUGCAUACCUCUUUGUGAUUUAAGAGGCCAGCUCCUGCUGUUCAGUGAUUUUAGAGCAGUAUGUCCAGUGCAAUGUUCUCUUGUGUUACAGUAUGAUUAAACGCAUGUGCUCAUCAGCCCUGCAUAGCGUACACAGUGUCCUAGGUUUCUCCUGUCUGUUUGCACGCGUGUGUUAUCCUACUUUGCUCUGAUCAUUUGGCCACCAUAUGCCAUGAACAGGCUGGUGAACGUUCCCAGAGUGCUGUAAUUUCUUCCUGCGGGAAUGUCAGGAAUUCUGUGUGUGGUGUCGGGGUGGAACGCACAUAGGUCCAAAGGGCUUUGGACAUGCACAUACACACAUAUACAGAAAGACAGCAACACAUACUGCGCUGUGAGGAGGUUCAACAAACCUACUUUCAGAGUUGUACUCUCAUUUUGUCCUUCCCUUAAUUCAAACAUUUUGAGAGAGAUCUCUUUCCUGUGAGUCAAAAAUGGUGUGAAUGAAAAGGUCAGUAAAGAAGUUAAUGUUGCCCACAUACGGACUAAAAAGCUUCGACUUGGUUGCUUGGUCACUCUGUUGGGGAUUGUUGGAGCCCCCUUUCACUGCUACCAGAAAAGAACAGGCUUUUGAAUGACAUGUAUAAUGUAACAUGGCAAACUGAAAGAUAGUGAGUUAGUGUGCCGUAGCCAAUUGUUGAAAAUGAAGCAUCAGAAAUUCAACACCAGGAGAAGCAAAAUGUGAAACAAGGCUGUGUAUUCUCUCCCUCUGAAUGAUCUUUUAUGUCGCUCAUGCUUCUUGUAAUAUUUCACUUGACUGAGAGUUCUCAGUCAUCUAGUUCAUGGUGAAGUCAAAGUUUAAUCCAAAAGACAAGUGGACUUAGAAACAAAUACUUGAGAUGUUUCUUGAAUCAUACAAAAGACGUAACCAGUUCUGGACUUAGUCAACAGUGUUUUUACUGUCAGCCAUGUAAAAUAUAAGCUAAUAACGGCCGUGGCUCAGGACUUCUUGCAAAGUGUCAGUAUCAACAGUCAGGGAGGAGCUUAAAAUAGGGUGACCAUACGUCCUCUUUUACCCGGACAUGUCCAGGCUGUUCGGGUUUUUCCGACUUUGUCCAGGGAAGUCUAUAAAACCCUUCAAAUGUUCGCGGUUUUGUACAGAAGUUUUGAUUUUGUGUCACAUGGACUUACUGAGUUAGAAGCACGUAAAAGACACUCGAUCCGACCCAAAAAACUCUCAAAAUUAACUUUGUGCGACUCCGUGACUCCGCCCCCGAGUAAUUGCAUUUUCUUUUUGGGAAGUCAGAAUAUGGUCACCCUACUUAAAAAAAGUGGCUGUGACUUAGUUAGUAGCAGAGUGGGGCUUUCUCAGUGGGAAGGUUACAGGUUCGAUACCCCCUCUUGUGAACCUAAUGUUGAAGUGUUCUGGGCAAGACACUCAAACCCAAAUAGCUACCAAGUGGCAAAGCAAGCAGCACAUGAAUGACAUUAUUUGAUACUGAUGGGCCCUUCACAAAGCAUUAUUACAUGUUUGGAUGCAUGUAUGAAGUGAUACACAAGCACAGCCAUAAGUUAGGCAUGUUCAGUCUCUAUGCACCAUAAAGCAAACCUUUCACACCCGACAGGAUUUAGCUGGUUUCAUCAGGAUUCACUAUCUGACUUUCAGUGCGAGAAUAAAAAUGCAGCCUAGAAAUUCUUCUAACCAGAGUUCAUAUUCUCUCCUCCUCUGUUGAACAUUUUAUAUCAAUCACAGAGACCCUUGGAUCAAGUCAUGAGUAAUGUGGUUUUACUGUAAAACUCUGUAUCAUGUUUCAACAGGGCGGAUUCACUUGUGUCUAAUCUCAUUUGUAGAUUAAGUUACCUCGACAGUCUAUAGAUAUUAUAUUUUUUUAUAAGUAUUAGAAGCUUGAAGAUGGGUUUUUGAAUAACCUUUCCAAGUCUGUAAACCACAGUGUCACUGUUAUUCACUCUCUCUGACCUGCUUCCACAGAUGAUGAUGUGGACCUGGAGCAGCUGGUGAAUGACAUGAACUCCUCCAUGGAGAGUGUGUACUCUACACAGGCAGACACGGCGCUGCUCCUGAAUAAUGGCCAUGCGCAUCACCACCACCACCACCACCACCCCCAACAUGUGCACCCUUCUUACCCGGGACAUGGCCAGGCCCAGCGCCGUCACACUCCGCCCCUGCCCCCGAUCUCUCCCUCAAGAGAGAGACUGCGGCACUCCCAACCCAUGCACAUUCAGGCCAUCAGGUAGACAAUCAGUGGCUGCUCCCUGCAUUUGACUGGAUAAGUAAUGAAUGAAAAUGUUGAACAAAUCAGAUCCCCCAAAGAAAGAACACUUUUGUGUUUAAUUCUAUCUGCAUACUUUUGUUGAUGUGUUUGCAUCAGUUGCUUAAGAUGUUAUACAACUUUUCAACCAACUCCUGAUACCCCCAUCACAUUAUUACCACUCUAUUGGUUGGUGACAUGAGAGUGUGUGUCUCCCUCUGCAGGUGCCUGAAGGAAGAGCAUCAUAAGCGUCCAGCGUCUCUGCCGGCUAUCCCCAACCCUUUUCCUGAGCUCUGCAGCCCAACAGGCUCUCCUAUACUCAGCCCCAUACAAAUCGCUGAAAACUACGUAAGUGUGCCCGUAUCAUCUCCUCCUACACUUAAACGCUCUAAGAUAAUACAACUCCUAUUCUCAAAUUGUAUAAAACAUUGAAAAAAGAAAAAGAAAUCAUGGUUUGAAAAUGUAAAAACUUUAUGGUAAUCAAAAGAGUGCAAAUAAAACAUGUGAAAAUCUGAUUUCUUUAUGAAAAUAUAUAUCAUGCAUCACCUGUGUUGGCAGGUGGUCCCUCCCCUCUUUGAAGAAGUAGAUGUAAUGUCCAUGAUUUCCAAACAAAUUGACUAAUCUUUAUUUGUUGGACCACUGGGGGGGUGGGUCUCCACCUUGCCUCAGCUGAUUUAAUUGGGCUCAGGUCCAAAGAACUGGCCUGCAUUUCUGUAUCAUGUUUAUGUAUGGUCAGUCAUGUUACUAACCCGUUGCAAAGUAUUCAAAUAAAUUAAGAUUUUUUUUCCAGGUGUUUUUUUUGUAGCAUAACAAAACUUUAUCAGUGUUUUUUACCCUCUCACUACUGUUUUGAAAUAUUUUGCUGGUAACAAACAAAAAAUAGCGUAUAUUUUCAGAGAAUGACCAAAAAUGGUCAGUUUGUACACUUGAUAUGUUCUUUUGCCUCAUUUCCAUGAUAACUUUUUUUUUCCCAACAUUUUACAAAUCCACCCAACCUUUAUGGAAUUGGGGUUGUGCAACUGACUGUAUGAGGCUAGCUUGCAUGCAGUUGUUUUUUUCUUUUAUUAUUAUUAUUAUUUAAGAUACAUUUUUGGCUAUUGUGCCCAUAUUCAGACGAAAGGACUACAACAAACAAUGAAACUGUGGAUAGAGAGAUGAGGGAUGACUUGGGAUGCGCAAGUGCAAAAGGUCGGCACAAACCUGAGCUGACCACUACAGAAACUAAAGCUUCACAAGUGAUAGGAGGAACUUCUAUAAUCAGUCAUGUCAGCAUUUAGGGUGGUGGAGCUAGGCAUCCUUACAACAAGGCCUGUGCAGUUAAACCCCUGAGCUCAACAGGUGGGCUGAAAUAUUGAUAUAUAAGGAAAUGGUUGUCUCUCAGUGCUGGUACAGGUAAAAUAAAGAGGAAAUAGCUGUUGAAAAGAUAUCAACACUGUUAUUUACUGUUUUUCCUGUGUCUACACCUUUCCUUGUACUUUACUUGACACAUGAGUAACCAAGUAGUGCGCGAAUGUGUAUUGAAACUCGCUGACUGGCCUGUUAUGUGCAGAUCAGAGCAACAUGUUGACUUUGGCUGGAGAAAGCCUUUUCUUCCGUUAUGCAACAGCUCACCCUGGGUUAUCUGACUGUAUGUGUGUUAUUGUUGAAGCCUCAUUAUCACAUGUGCGCACACACACACACACACAGUCAGUAACUUACUGACGGACAUGUUUUGCUGUGGAAGGAGGUGAGCAAUGUCUCCAGGAUGCUGCAGACGGAGUGCAGACUUCCUCGGCAGAUCUGGGAAAGGGGCUGGGAACGUCUACAGGUCGGAUCUCUCUGAACCUUCUGAAUCCGUCUGCUGGCCCCAGCAAGACAGGCACUCAUUUCCGGUUCACACGCUACAACCCUGGCUUUUUUAUAUGUAUGUGUGUGUGUAUGUGUGUGUGUGAGUGUGUGUCAUAGCCUUGCCCUUCCCUUCCCGGUAAACCUCCUGUCCCAGGAAUGUUCCAUUCCUCUCAGAGAUGUUUCCAGGAUGCUCGACCUUGACAUGAAAGUUAUUUUAGAUUCUCACCCUGUCUUGUCUUCUAGAUGUGCAGGUGGUGUUCUUCUACCUCACACUCACAUGUAGUUGUGAUAAGGCAAAGAAUUAUUUUCUAUACACCGCUGACAUCACCUCACAAGGUCUGGAGUCAGGGAGCAAGUUUGCAGUUUGUACAAAGACUCCUUUGUCUGUUUGAGCCUCAGAGAGCUGACUCGAUGUUGCAUCAUCUCUUGCCCCCAGAAAAUCGGUAUUUAAUCAAGUUAUGUUCAUUUAACCAGUGUUCUGUGUAUCCAAAGAGGAAAAUAAUCACUGAAUUCUUGUCAUUGAGAAGAAAUGCCUAUGUGUCGUGUUAUCUAAUGUAUUAGGACGGUUUAACUGCGUUGUGUUUUUCCAAGAUUUUCCUAAAGCUAUAUUUUAAAAACAGGUUAUGGCUGUGAUGUUGGGAAUUUUUUUUUUGCCUAUUUUUCACUUCUGUUUGCAUGGCAUGCCUCCAGCUGAAAGUCGACAGGAAAUUCUCCAAGAGCGCUUAAAGCACGAAAACAGGAAGAUGCUUGUACCCUGCCAGCACGAAUAGUGGCAAAGUCUGUGUUGGAAGGAGAAUAAAUAACACACACAGGAGAUUCACUUCCAUUAUCCCAUAAUUCUGCUUGACAUAAACGUCGCUAUUGUUGAGAAGUAACUUUCAAGGUUAGUUGAUUAUUAAUCAUUUGAGAUACAUGGAGUAACUGAUGCUUCUUUAUUUGGGGGGCAUGUCUUUGUUAUUUCAACUGCAAUUGAAAGGUCGGCCCAGAGUUUUCGAAAGUUAUCACCGGUAUCUUCUCUGUUCAGAAUUCACUUAGUAUUCCAUUCAGAGCCAAUAACACCUCCUGGUCUUAUCAACUUAAAAGAUAAAAAUGUACCCUUGUUUACAUAACAUUCCCUGUUGGAUAUGUUUGCAUUGUUUUUUUGACAGAGUUAGCUCCAGCUCCUUCCGUGCGUGUGGAACCGUGGAUACUUCAACCCGCUCUAAUGCUUAAGAUGAGCCGUGACUGGUCUUUGGCUGAUUAAGUGAAACCUUCACUGAUCAGAUAACUUCAGUUCAGCGAGAUAAGCAGCAGCAGACUUGCCGAGAUGUGGCCUUUAGCUCCAGUGUUUCUACAGAACUUCUCUUAGCUGUAGGGAUUGAGGGCUGUGCUUAUACAUUUAUGUAACGUAUGUGUGCAGGAAGUGUGUCCCGGCCAGUCUAGUGUUGUCGCCUAAACAGCUCUAAGAAUGGCUCGUAGACAGGACUCUAAGACGCGCCAUGCAUUGGUCUGCAGAGAUAGUUGCAUUGUAUUUGCAUUGGCAGGAUUUCAUGAGAGAUGAAUCUCUCCCUCCAGCUGCAGUUGGAAUCUGAACAUUCUUCACGAAGCUCCGGUCUUUUUCAGAGCUUAUAUUAUGAGUCAGUAAGACGGCGUAUGUGCGUGACAUGAAGGGUUUAAAGCCUGAAUUGUCUUUGAUGACAUAAAUGGAUUAGUUCUUAAGAUAUCAUGACCAGGCCGGCUUUAAUGGAUAUGACACUGCAUUUCUAUCCAGUUUCAGAAACACGUGUAAUCUCCAUUGCAAUGUAAAUCACAUAUGACUCUCUGUAGUGGGUCUAGGAGGUGCUGAUUCUGAAUCGGUUUAACUCUGAUUAAUGCUGAACUACAGUCUAUUUUACCCGGGUUAUCAGAGGGAUAGUUGGUAUUGUUAGUAUACUGAUGUUAGCUUUUAGCUGAGAACAAGCAAAGCCUCACAAAAGGGUUCUUUGUUGUCUUGUAAGAUGGUCGUAUAUUUCUUCGAACAUUUAUGUUAAUUAUAUCAUGAAUUCAGUUUCUUUAUCUGAAAAGUUAUGAGCAGACAGUUUCGUGUCAGCAUGCCAAUUAGAAACUGUUUCUCAGUCUGUGAAACCAAUGGAAGACUGAAUCUCUGAGCCACACUCUCUCUGCGUUUAGGACUCCUACCUCCCUCUGUGUCUGUGGUCAGCUGAUGUACUUCUGCACGCAAUGGUCUGCUGACCCGCCGCAAUCAGAUCAGGUGCAUGUGUGUGUGUCUGUGUGUGUGUGAAGAUGACAGGGAGAGUCUGUUCAACAGACUAAGAUAAUAAUGACACCAGUAUAUAGACUGGAUUGAUAUAAAUAGGCAAUUGGUCACAUGGAUUGUUAAGUUUUCAGCAAAAGCAAAGAUGUGCUGUGGUAACUCUAAGGUAGCCGGUUAUAUUCAGGGUAUGUCUCAGUCGUAGUAUGUCUCUUGUGUACAUGUGUAGUCAAGAUUUAAAGCACACUUGAGUUUCUGCUUAUGCUAUAACAUUGUGAUCACAUUACCUUAUUACAUCUCAGAGAACAUGUGUGUCUAUGAUACACAAAUAAAUGUGCGUAGACUAACAUUUAUCAUUACUGUCAUACUAGAACUUGAUCCUGGUUUAGGUUUACCCGAGGAAACCAUUAAAAUGCAACCAGAUGAUUUAAAAGACCUCACAGGUAUGCUUCGUAUGCACAAUGUCCCGGAAGAUCUCAUGUUAGAUGUAAUUUACUCCAAGUUUUAGGAAGCAGGAGUUCUCAAAGUCAUCUCAAGGAAUCAUAAAAAAAAAGAAAACAUCUAAAAUUGACAAACAUGAUCAAAUUUCGAUUACUGAGAAGGGAGUUUAUAUAAUUUUUUUUCCUAGGAGAAGAUCAAUGAUAUCCUCUACAUGGCCAAAUAUGAAGGAGGCAUUCAUUUGGCUGAGGGUUCACGGAUAAAGAGCUCAGUGUUUUCUGCGCUGGAGAACUAGAUGAAAGAUAAGGUGUGGAUGGGAUCCUUGCACAGAAAAAUAAAUCCGCGUGUAAACUUUUCUGCCUUAUCGACUCCAGCUUGUUGUUUUUUAAUAUUAAAAUCUGCCAAGUUCAAAUUGAGUUUGUUUUCUGUUUUAAUGAGUUGAUCUCAUCCACACCCACAUGACUUUAUUCAGUGAAACUUUCAGGUAAUAGUUACAUGCAAACGGAUUCCAAGAACUCAGUGGUAGAUGUCUAUCAGUGUGUGUUUGUAUGUGUGUAUGUGUGUGCGCAUGUGUGUGUUGUGAGACAGUGCCGUGUCAGUGUUGGGAGGUGGGGAGGUGAGCCACUCAGUGAGGCUUUGUGGUGGCACUCCAGUGAGGUGAAAUUGAGUUUGGCCUGUCUGCAGAGCUAAUCAGCUCUGUCUGGCUUGAAACCCGACCACUUACAGACAUGAAAGCGACUGGUGAUGUAAUAGGAAAGGGCAGGAAGUCAUCCCCAACCAGCAUUCAAAUGCUGACAUUAGUAAUGGGUGUGUUCAUUUUCAAUGGAAGCCAAAUUGUGAUACUGUGGAUAAGAUUUUGGACCAACAGGUGAUAAAACUAUGAUAUGAAUACAAGCGCUGCUAGUGAUUUAUCUGUCGUUGGCCAUCUAACAAAUCCAUGUAAAGGUUCCCAUAAAAGGGCUUGCCGACUGUUUUCUGUUUCCUCAUAUUUAGAUUUCACUUUGGAACGCAGGAAUUGGUUGUAAAUUUUGACUGGUGUUUAUAGUCUUCAGCUCUGAGUGUGAGAACAUCAAACUCAAGCACAGUGGAGACUAGAACUACAAGCUACUAACCACUGUCAGCAGAGGGGCAUGAAAUUGCUUUUAAAGUCCCUCUCCAAUCGUUUGUUUUUUACUACUUAAAGUGUUCUCAGUGGUCUUUAAAUUGUAAUUAUGAAGCUUUUUUUGCCAAAAUCACGUUACCUGAAUCAUUUCCAAGGGCUUUAUGAAUUCUCACUGCUUCUUAACCUGCUGUUUUGGUCUGCCAGAGUUUCACAGAGAUUUGAAUGAAGAAAUACUCAGAAAAAGCAAUUUCGCGAUUUAGUUUCCUCAUGAUAUGUCCUGUAGCAUCAGAAAAAUGUCAUUGGAACAUAUAAAAAAAAACAAGAAAAACGUGAUUUUCAUCGGAGUGGGCCUUUAGUUGGAUGCAAAAUUGGUCAGUGCUUAACUGUGUAAAUACACUGAGCUAUUUUGCACUCUGUACUUCAUGUCUUUCUGGUUGUUAUUAGAGUUAAUUUUCUAAUUUUACAACCCAUUUGGGGCCUCUAAGGCUCAGCAGAAGAGUCGAUCAUCUCUCUGUCAGACGGUGUUGAUCCCAGGUCCUGCUGCCCGAAUGUUGUUUGCCCUGUGCCAGCAGUAUAUGACAGACCAAAGUUCAUGCAUAAUUGAGCAUUAUUAGGAGCAUGGCUGAUUAAACUGACAGGUGGACAUGUUAAAGCUGUUGGACAGGCGGCUAGGCCGUGGUUUCAAUGCUAGUGCACUAGAGGUUUCUGGUUUUGGUGAUUGUAGUUGUAACAAUGGGGCUGGGUGAUAUGGGAAAAAUUUUAUCACAUUAUAUUUUUUUCAUAUCAGUCGAUAUCAAUAUGUAUCACGAUAUGAAAAAAGUCUCUUGUCAAUCUUAAAUGUUACCUGUUACUCUUCGAUGAAGUUUAACAUGUACUUCAUCAGUGCUGUUGGCUUCACAUGUUGCGUGCUAUGGUCGCGUAUUGCUGCAGCCCGCUACUACGCAGUUGUUUGCUACUUGGUUCUGAUUCAGCACGAUUGGUUCAGCGCGAUACGACCCAGAACAACUCCCCUUUUCAUUGGCUAUUUGCAGAGUCUACCAAAACAUGGCAGAAUUUCAACUAUCGAAAAGCAUAUGGACCAUGUCAUUGUGUGUGCAACCUUUUUUUAUGAAGCAACUGGAAUUGGUGCUAUAUAAAUGAUGAUUGAUUGCGUUUCCAAUGUGGUGGCAUCUUUGAGCUUCAUAAAGGCUCCUCAGAAACCAAUGGGUGACAUCACCAAAAUGAUGUCCAUGUUAUUCAGCCUGUGGUAUUCCCAGUUUAACUACUGGGAAAAAUAACAACAUUAGUUAUAUUAUUCAUGAUGAUAACUUUGUCUACGUAGCACCUUUAAAAACAGACAUUUACAAAGUGCUUGAACAGAUAAAACAAAGACAGGAACAGACAGAACUCAAUGGAUGAUAAAUCAAGAAUCAUGUCAAACAAAGGCCAAAAGAGUCGGGUUAUUUCCUGACUCAUCAGCUUGUGGUAUUUUUUAGUGUUGUUCAGUUCAGCUCUGGUUUGUGUUGUUGGAAACUUCAGUUUUGAUUGCAGGCUGAUUUUUGGGUAGCAAAAUUUGGCAACAUAUUGCUUAAAGAAAUGUUCAACUUGUAACACUAUGUAUCCAUACAACUCUUUACAACAGUUUAUUUAUGUUUUUUAAUCUGGUGUUAAAUUCGCUUGUAGUGCAUCCACGGCUCAUCGGUCAAUCAGCUGACUGCUAAAAUGUAGAAGCCGGUAUAAAACAAGAGAGCAGUCAUCUCUGCUUCUCCCCCCUCCUCUCCACUCUGAAUGGAUCAAAAUUGCUUUUACAAUCAGUGGGUCGUGUUACCCUGGAAUGGAUCUGCUCUGCCUCAUAACAACCAGAUCACUUGUGUGGAUGUGUGUACAGUGUGUGAGUGUUUGUUGUGUGUGCCCUGAUAGGUUUAGGGGCCCAUAAACCUCUUGGUCAAGUGCGCCUGACCCAAGCACAGAUUAUUGUGUUUGACCUCUGACCCCAUACAUACUGUGCUUAUGUGUAUGUGUGUCUUUUUUUUAUAGGCAUGCAGGUGUCUGUCCAUGACCCUUCAAUCCAAUCUGGUGUGAUUCCAAGCCUCUAUUUACUCUUGUGUGUGUCCAUGUGUGUGCAUGUGUGUGUGUGUUCAUUCAUGUUGCUAUAAGCAGCAUAGGAGAACAAUAACCUCUGUACAUCUGUACCCCUCACCCUCCUUUGGUGGAGAGAAGAAGAAGAAGAAGGAAGUGGGGGGAGGGAAAGCAGAGGAGGGAGGAACGAGCCAAAGGUGUGUUGAAUUUCAUCAUGUAAAGAUAAAACCUUGAAGAGGACACAGGGAUGAGCAUCUCAGGAUAAAGAGAGAAGAAGUCUAGUAGUAGAAGUGAAAAGGGAAGAAAAAGGAGGACGAAUUAAUGCAGAAAGUGUAAAUCUGUCUUGUGCUGAUCACAAACAUAAACAUAAUCACGCACUGUAUGAUAAAAAAGUCAAGUAUUACAUAAAACAAACAAACUAAUAGUUUAUAUUUUGUCUUCUACCUUAUAAAACCCGUUUGUGUGUGUGUGUGUGUGUGUGUGUGUGUGCGUUAGAGAGAGUGUGUGUAUGUUGGGCUCAAAGUUCUCAUGCACACUGUAUUUAGGGGCCAGCUGGGUUGGCCUGCGCUCUACACAUGAGCCUGAUUAUGACUCAGUAUUGCAUUACUGACAUUCCUCAUAGCUCCUUUUCUUUUCUUUUUUUAUUUUCCCUCUAUUCUUUUUUCUCGUCUUUUGCUGUUUCUCUUCCUCCCUUUUUUCUUCAUCUCCCCCUCUUCUCUUCUUCCCUCUCCUCCUCUCUCAAUCUUUUUUCUCUCUCUCUCUCUCUCUCUCUCUCUCUCUCUCUCUCUCUCUCUCUCUCCAGAGGCUCGGCAGAUUUGCUGAGCAACCUCCUCCUCCCCCCCCUCUCACUGCUGCUCCCUCCCUCCCUCGCUACCCCUCCCUUGACCCCCUCAGCAAAGCCCAAACGCCCGACACGUGAUCCGUACAGCUUCAGAUUGAAUCACCCCACCGUUUUUCUUUCAACUGCCCUCUCUGCAAACCUCAAUCGUCACUGUUCGUUACACAUGUUGCUCUGGUCCUAACACUCUUGAACAGUAUUUCACAUACAGCUGAGGAGCAGGAGUAAGAGGAGGAAGAGGAAGAUGAGGGGGGAUAAGAAGGAGGAGGAGGGGUGGAAAUCAAAACCGUCAGAGAAAAUGUCUGUAAAUGAGAAUGAGAAUAAGGGUGUGUGUAUGUGUGUGUGUGUGUUCAGUAGUUGUAAUUUCUUCUUCCUAUACAUGUACAUGAGUGUGUGUGUGUGUGUGUGUGCGUAUGUGGGUUGGGGGGGGGGGGAGUUGUGGGCGUGUUUAGGGAGAAAGACUGUUACUUUUGGUGUGGCGCCAUCAGUAAAAGGAGCUGACAGUGUUCUUUUUGGGGGGGGGGAGUUGCGGAUUAGACGGCAGCUCUGACGAUAAGAGCGGAGAAUACGUGACAGGUAGCAGCUCACCGUUUAAAAAUCCACACUGGGUUAAUCCAGUGGAGGGGUUGAGGGUGGGGGUGGGGGGGGUGGGGGGGGUGCUCAUACCACUCCUCGCAGCUCAGCCUUUAUGCUGCCCAGCACGAAAAGAAGAGGCACGCUGUCUUUCUCUCUCUCUCUCUCUUUCUCUCUCUCUCUCUCUUUCUCUCUCUCACUCUCGUCCUUCCUCUGUCACUUCCUCCCUCCUACCCCCCUCUUUCCUCUUACCUCUCUCGCAUUCUCCUUGCCAAUCUGUCCCUCCCUCUCUCUUCCUGACUUCCUUCCCUCUCUCUCCUGUCCUCCUCCUCCUCGUCCUCCUCCCCUCCCUUUGCCUCCCUCUCUCCCUCUCUCUCUCUGUCUCUCUCUCUGUCUCUCUGUGUCACUGGAGAGCGUCUCAGUGUGAAAAUGCCAUCCUGCUCUCCAGACUGUUGCCUCUUUCAGGCUGUGGAGGUAAGAGACUUUUGUGUGUGUGUGUGUGUGUGUGUGCGUGCGUGUGUGUGCGUUUCUUUUUUUUUCCUGGAUGUUCAUCGUGUGCGUUAGUGUACAUACGAGUAGGUGUGUGUUAGCUGUUAUCAGAUCUUUCUGUUUUCCCCUCUUCUUGAUGUUUCGGGAACUUUUCUCACACAAAAGUCCUGCGUCAUGAAAUUACUUUUCUUCUUUUUCAUGUGGGUGUGUGAGAAGAAAGGAGGGAGUCUUCUGGCUUUGCAGAGCGUGCUGUGACGUUGUUCGUGGUUACAUUUAGUCUCUCUUUUUUUUUUUUUUGCAUAGCUCUUCCAGUGCUUGUGGUGUUUUGUGUCAUUUCCAGGCCAUCGCUGUUGUCGUUGUUUUCAUAUAAUUGUUCGAUCAAAUUGUUUGAAACCUUCGAGCUCCAUCUGGCCCUUGCACAUCUCCAACUAUCUGUCUUGUUUCACGUGAUUUUCAACAGUUGUUCCCUGGCGAUUUCGAUAAGUGAUCCCCGCUGUGCACAGGAGUGUGCGAGGAUACGCACAAAAACACACGCUCAUGAUAAAUUUUUCCGGAUACAUUGUGUGAAAUCAGAUAUUUCUGUGGUUUUAGCUGCUUUUCUUUUGCAAAUCAGUUCAUAUUUGUGUUUUUGUGUUGCGCUGCAUUUGGACAUGCUCUUUUUGGUGUGUGUGCGUGUUUGUGAAUCUGCUCAUACAGUGGUUUGAAGCAAAUUGUCUUCGCUUAUCUCUGCAACUACCUAAACCAGAACUGCACCCAGUUUAAAUGUCGCUUUGGGCUCUUUUCUGAAGCAGUACCAAACGGUGCAAACAUGGGAGGCACCGUGGCUCUAAAGAGCACGCAGCACGAGCUCAAAGUCGUGACAUUUUAGGAACAGCUUUAGAAAAUUCACCUCUUGAUGAAAUGCAAAUAUGCGUACCCACUAUACUCGUCCAAUGUAGUCACUUUUUUUUUCAUGUGACAGGAAAUGUGUCACUGAAGUGUGUGCACAAGCAGGUACAUGUGUAUUCACGGAUGUGUGUGUGUGUGUGUGUGAGCAAGUUUGGUUGAAGUGUGGACAAAAGGGGUGAGCUGUGAGCACUGGGUCUGGCAGACCUUUCCUGGAGAUCAUUCUUCUUUUUGUGAUCUCAUGUUGGAGUUGUUGUAGAAAGAUGUGAACAGGACUUUUGAUGAGUGGGCUUGGCAACAGACUUGGCUAUGGAGGUACAGUAAUCGUUGCCUACGAUCUCCGACAGUCUUUUUCUUCCGCAGUUUUAAUUUCCUGAAAGUAGUUCAUGACCACAUCAAACCUUUUGUCUUCUCUUAGUCCUUUUUUUUUUUUUUUUUACAGCGUAUUAAAAGCCGAAGCUUCUCUCUAAAGAAUUCCCAUAAUUUCUCUCCAUGUGUUUUCAGAUAGUGAAGGUGUGGAGUGAGGAUGGGGCCGGUAAAGUGGUGGAGAUCCCAGCAGACAUGACAGCAAGAGACGUCUGUCAACUUCUGGUCUACAAAAGCCACUGUCUGGACGACAACGCCUGGACACUAGUGGAGCACCACCCUGGUCUUGGCCUUGGUAAGGAUGUUUGCGAAUAUGUCUAUUAUACUGGGUGAAUGUGUUACACCCAGGCAUGAGUUUGCAAAUUUUUGCCUUAACUACAAGAAUUUUGGCAAAAAUAUUGAUUUCUUUUCUUCGUUGUGCUCCUUUAUCAUGCGCAGUUGUUACAUGCAGUGUUAUGGGGGCUUGUCAAAAAAAGGUUUAGUAGCACCAUGACUUCCAAGAAGUCUUACAACCCAAAUUAAAAGCCACAUUUGAUUGUUAGUUAUCCUUUCACAAAGAGCAUUUAUUUACAAAAUUUUAAUCUGUUUCUUUUCAGCAACAAGCGUUUUCAGAUUAGUUUAACAAAUAAGCAGGAAAAUACAUCAUCAACCAAAAAGUUCUCAAAGUUCCUUGAAAACACGUGAAAAUGGCAAACUGCUUAAUAAGAGAGCCAUCAAAUAGGUUAUUAGCAUCCCUGCCUGUUUCUCUGUGUGUGUUUUAGAAGUAUGCGUCUACCCUGAGGUGUGUUCCGGUCUUGUCUGUGUGAGUCUGUGUCUUUACCUCUUUUGUGCGUCUUUGCAUGGGUGUGGAUACUCUCUUGUGUGUGCCCUCUGUGUAUGUUCACUUGGGCAUGGCACAAGUGCUUGUGUUACUUCCAUACAGCUCAGGGAAGGAGGUGCGGUGGACGUAGGAUUAGGCUUUUUCGAUGGUCUGCCCGCAUGCCUGUUCCCUUCCAAUAAUAUGUUUAAAUGGGCAAAAACCUACAAAACCUUUGCUUUGCUUCUUUACCUUAUUGGUGUGAAGUUUUAUAUAUUUAUAUAUUUUUCCUUCAGUGACUCUGCCUUUGUCCUCAGUUAGACUUUCCCCCCAAAGUUUAUUUUUAGAGUCAAAGGAUUGCUUUGUUUGUUCUUGAUCUGUGAUUCUGCAAAAAAAAUGCACCGAAGGGACAGAAUGUGAGGUGAGGAAAAGAAGGGAGAAAGAAAGGGCGAAAGAUGAAGGGAGAAAGAAAGUCGGGUAGAGAGAGAGAGAGGGAAAGAUUGAGGGGGGGAGGGGCGGAGAGGCUCGGACUAAAGCGUCAUACCAGAGCUUCAAGGAACCAAUCAUGGAUCUCCGUUGGACGAGCCCCUAGCCUUUCUAACCAAUCAAUCUUUUCUUAACCCUCCACAGGAAAUUCCCCAGCUUGCAGCCAGCAUGCACACACUUUGAAACACACACACACACACGCACACACACACACACACACACGCAACUUUCAUGCUAAAAAGAGCUCAGACAUAUUCACCCCUUGACUCUGUCCAGAGUAUUUUUCUAAGCGAGCAAAGCCACCAAAGUUCCACCUUUUUUUAUUUUUUUGUAGUGUGUGUACAAAGCCGUGUGUGUAUGCGUGCGUUUGUAUGUGUUUGUGUGUCUGUUUUAAUCAAACAUGACUUUGGGAGUUAAUCUCAAAGAGAGAAUUAGUGCUAAGUCCUGGCUGCUAUCAUUUCACGUGUGUGAGUAAACGUUCAUGCCGAUUUGGAACAUCCUGUCACUAUCAAUUUCUAAUCAGCCUCACUCUGAGAUCGUAUGGCCUCUACUUCAAGUAAGAGGAUCUCUCUCUCUCUCUCUCUCUUACACACACACACACACACACACACACACACAUUCAACCCCCCCUACACAAGUACAAAUGUAUAUAGGUGAUGCAGAAUGAGCAGGUUAGGCCUGUGUGAGCUCUUAAUGUGUGGUUGUGUGUUUGUCUGUGGCUUGUACUUUACUUUCAGCUUUGCCACACUCUGCAAUCAGACUAAAUACAUGACAUCACCCUCCUAAAAUGCCCCCCCGUAACACCACCAGCUCCUCUUCUUCCACCUCCUUCCCUUUCAGCAUCUCAUGCUGCUCCCUUCUGGGCGUAGAUACUUGCUUCCACCACGUAAAACAAACAAACAGAUUCAAAAAUUAUUUUAUCCUGACUGCCACUAGUCUUUUAAAAUAGUUCAAGGUAAAUUUUGUCGUCGUUUUUUUUUCUGUGUGUCUGAAUUAUUUGUAUGAUACUGCUGGCCCUUUGGGGAUAAUAAAGAUAUCCUUGAUCCUUGACCUUUAAGUCAUCUUCUGCUGCCUCUUUCCAGAGCUCCCCCUCAUUUCACCUUAAGGUUGUCUCUCACUAUCAUGGGAUUGUUUUCUUGCUGUGGUGUUGUACACAAUAAUUUAACUGGUGAUGUUGCAAAAAAAUAGAGAUAGAUUGGUUAAGUAUGACAUUCAGUUUGUGAUCAUUUUUAAAGAUAUUGUUAGAAAAGCCAGUGUUCGUAAAGAAUAAUCAUUACAGGUCAUGCUCUGAAACUUGGAUACUAUAUAAAAUAUUAUGGGGGCAUGCAUUGCUGUUUAUGAGUGCACAUGAGUUAACAUCAUAAAGUUUAAUGAGCCGGAGAAUUUUUUUUGCCGUUUUCAUGAAUCUGAUGUCUAUUUAAAUAUGUUGUGGGACAUUAAGGUGUUGUGUUUCCUGCUGCAAGAAAACACAGUUCAAAUCUGUUUACAUCAAAUAAAGUCCUUCCUGACAGGGACAUUUUUCCGUAUAAAAAAGAAGACAUAAUAUAUAUUAAUAAUAGAAGGAAAAUGCUUAAGACCAACAUCACUAGUAAUUGAUAUUUUAGUCUAAAUAAAGUCAGAUUUUAACCUCGAAGCAGUGCACCCUGAUCAGUAUCCAGACACAUCCAGCAGGACAAUCCAAACAUGCUCACUGUUACUCAUACUGUCGGUCUUAUUUUCUUCUUCUUAUACAGAGAGAUGUCUGGAGGACCAUGAGCUCGUGGUUCAGGUCCAAGCUUCCAUGAGCAGCGACAGCAAAUUCCUCUUCAGGAAGAACUAUGCCAAAUAUGAAUUCUUCAGGAACCCCCUGGUGAGUUAUUAGCAUCCCAAAGAGCUGAUUUCUCAUGUAUACACACACCCCAUGCGCAUAUUUCUAGCUCACAUUCAUCUCACAUACACAACACAAAUGAGACAUGUUCAUAUUUGAUACUUUUAGGAAAGAUUUGCUCAAAGCUGGAAUUUCAUGAUGCUAUUUAAAAGAAAUUUCUGUCUAAUGGUUUGUAGCCAAAUAAACCAGGCAUGUUUUUUUCAACAGAAUAUAUUCCUAAAUAGAGAUUAAAAUCUGCUGAUUGUAAUAUGUGAGGCUUUACCCAAAAUCUCCACAACUAUUGAAAACGUUCAGUCAGGAUAACAUCUCCAUUUAACUUCUCACUCUGCAAAAACAUCCUUUCUAGAAAGAUGCAAAAUAUUCUUAUAAUUAAUCGAAUAAUCCUGUAUCAAGCAAAAAAAUCUGCCAAUGGGGGUCAGCUUUUUUUGCUUGACAAGAAUUCUCAAAAUAAGAACAAAUUUCUCGGCCCUGACAGACUCGAAUGAAACUUGAAACUAGACAGAAAAUCUUAUAUUAAUCUAUUUUUUCCUACAGCAAGCAAUGAAAAAUGAAGAUGAAGUUACUUAAAAUUAGAAUUUUAGUCUCUUGAAUAAAUGAACUUUGAGAAAAUCCACCUUAAUCUGGGAUUAUUAAUGAGCAUGACAGUAGUUCAAAUAAGACAUAAUUUCUUAAAACAGCACAGCAAAUAUAAGUGAUGUUGUCUUAAAUCAAGAUACCAAAACAUUCUCAUUAAAUAUAUUUUUGUUAUUCCACAAGCAAGAAUGUGGAAAGCAAACAUGCUCUUUGUUGUUCUUUGCUGUUUUGCAGUUUUCAUCUGGUCGUUGUAUUAUGUUGUCUGUUGUACAGACUAGCCUACUGACAUCUUUAUAGAUCAUGUAUGAGGCAGCAGAUUCUGUCAGGUUCAGAUGACCUGCAAUCAAAAAUCAACUGUUCUUGUUUCAAUACAAUCUUAAAUUGAGAAGUUGUACAUAUGUCUUGCUCUUAAAAUGAGAUGAAUGAUCUUGUGGCUCUGCUGGAUUUUAUUGUGAAACAUUUUUCGACUCUAUUUCUUGUUCAUUCUGUCUCAAAAUUAGCUGGAAUAUCUCAUCAAGAAAAAGUUCGCCAUUUUCUCUUAAAAUUAGAUAAUUUUUCUAAAAACAUGCUUGACAAGAUUAAUAUUCUUUUUGUACGAAAAAACAAGACUUAUUUCCUUAAUACUAGGUUGUUUUCCUUUCUUGAAAUUCCUGUUUUGCAGUGCAUUAAAUGCUAACGUCAUCAUGGUAAAUUGCUCAACAACAACAAUGUUGAACUGACAACAUGCUGAUGUUUGACAAAUAUCAUGUUAAUCACUUUAGUUGCAGCAUUCGUUCAACAUUUUCCAAUCAGCAAUUUUACUGUGAGUUAGCAUCAGCAUUUUAUGUAUUCAUAUCAAGUGCUACAUCACAGUAAAACCAUGGAAAUAACUGGAUUUUCAGCCCCCGUUUCUUUCUUUCUUUCUUUCUUUCUUUCUUUCUUUCUUUCUUUCUUUCUUUCUGUCUUUUGCGACACUUGUCAGCUCAAUUGCUUUCUGUAGAUUUAAACUCAUCAUCCAAUUAAAAAGGAGUGACUGAAGUUGUUUAGCAUCACAUUUAGUGGAAUCUCUAUCAGCCAUAUAAGGCCGUGGUAGCCUAUGUGUCAGCAGCACUCAAAGCUGUAUGCCUGCAAACAUGCCCAGUAACAAUGCAAAUACACUGAUCUUUGUUCAUUAAUAUGCGAACAUUUGCUGAUUAGCACAAAAGCUGUAAAGGUUGGUGAUGCAUUUUGCAGUUUUUGUUCAUCACAGAACAUAAAGAUUUAAUUUUGUACAUAAAGAUAUUAUUUGUACCCAGUUUAAGCAUCUUUGGAUCCCAGUUGGAGGUAUAUGAAAGGCUGUCAAUUCACAGUCCUGCAUCUGACAACCAGGAAGUCACGUUAGCCGGUUAGCGCGCAAUCUUCUGCUGUCCUUAACUCAGCGUGGGGCUCUGCUGGCCCGGUCUGCGAUGACAUUAUUGCUGUGGUGAUUUAGGUGUGUGUCAGAGCCAGCAGGUGACCUCAGCUCUGUGGUAAUGAGCACAGUAAAACACCAGAAUGCUGGCCAAGGCCUGUCAAUCAAGCUAAGAGUAGCGCUGCUGGCUAAAGGGGAUUACAUCAGCGGGGUGAGAUCAUACUGCAUCUACUCUAAAGCUGGAGUGCCCUCUCUCUCUCUCCCUUUCUCUCUCUCUCUCUCUCUCCCUACCUCUCUUGGCCCUAACACUUUAUCUUAGAGUCCUUGUGCUCAUCAGACACACACACACUCACUCACUCACUCACACACACACAGAACGUGAAAUGUAUCUUGCAUAAAGGAACACUACCCCACUCAGAGCUUGCAUAUGCGCUAAGUGGUUUCUAGUACCUCCCUCUCUCUCUUGUUCUUUCAGUCAUUGACAGUCUUUCUCUCUCUCUCUCUCUCUCUCUCUGUGUGUGUGUUUUCCCAUCCAGAACUUCUUCCCAGAGCAGAUGGUGGCUUGGUGUCAGGAGUCUGAUGGCUCAAUUCCUCCGUCACAACUCUUACAGGUGAGGCGGUCACACAGUGAAGAAGCAAGAGGACAUCUUGUAGUUUAGCAGUUUGCCUGCACUCACACUGCUCCUUGUAUUUGGGACAUUAUAGGCAGCAUCACAAGCAUUUGUAGGGAAAUACGUUCAGUUCCUCUGCACCAGUGUUUGUGAUCGUUACUGUGCUUUGUGUUGCAGAACUUCCUGAACUCAAGCAGCUGUCCAGAGAUUCAGGGCUAUCUGUACUUGAAGGAGCCUGGACGCAAAUCCUGGAAGAAGCUCUACAUGUUCCUGCGUCGCUCCGGGCUCUACUUUUCAACCAAAGGAACGUCCAAGGUGAGCAAUUACUUACGGAGGAUUCAGACACUUAAGCCUCAAAGUGUUAUUUUACUUUUCAUGGGCAUCCCUAACAUUUAAUGACUGACAAACCUUUGCAAGUUGUUAUUUUCAUAAAGCGUUUUACAUAACAGUUUUAUUUUUCAGUUUUUUAUUCUUGACCCGUUAAAAUGUCAGCUAUGGAAACUCUUUCUGUUUUCAAAACCAAUAAAAAGACUUUAUUAUUUUUAACUUUCUGUUGUCGUCGUUUACAUCUGUUUCUCUUGCCUCCUCCACGACUGAACAGGAGCCCCGACACCUGCAGCUGCUGUCAGAUCUGGAGGACAGUAACAUCUUUACCAUCAUAACAGGAAGAAAACCCCACAAUGCUCCCACAGACUACCAGUUGUGCAUUAAGGUAACACAAUCUAAAAACAUUGACUAGUGAUAUGGACAAAUAGUUAAAUAAACAAGGUCAAGUUUAGCAGUUUUAAAGCUUAUAGAGGGACAACUUCGUUUUUAUAUUCAGCUGUGUGUGUGUGUGUAUGUGUAUGCGUGUGUGUGCGUGUGUGUGUGUAUGCGUGUGUGUGCGUGUGUGUCAAGGGUUAAACAGCCCAGCAGGGUUUCAUACACAUCCUCAGCACUGUGUGUCCCACUCUAGGAGUUAUCUGUGGUGGGUCACCUGCUGAUCUGGGAUAAGCCCAGUGGGAUAAGCCAGGAUGGUACAGGGGAUCUGGCUCUGCUAACCCCCUCACCUCUCUGUGUUACAUACACACUAACAUACAGGCACACACACACACACACACAUGCACACAACACGGCCGGCAUGUCAGAUGCUGUCAGCGGGGGUGACAGUGCAGGAUUUGGUAAGGGAUUGCACUUGGCUAAAGGGGGUGGCUGGAUUGUUGCUAUGGUGAUGUGAAUUAAUUUACCAGAGGGGUUGCAUUUAAGGAGACGUCUGUCCUUGUUACUGAUGGAGAAAGUAUGUGCUGUGGUGCUGAUGAAGCAGAUACUGUCGUGAGAGGGCAUGUUGAAUAUAGUUUAGCAUCAAAUCAAGAAAUUACAUUUUUUUAUUCUUAUUUAUUCUUAGCAUUGUUCACUGCCUGUUAAACCAAACAGUGAGGCGGUCUUAUCGCUGACUGGAAGACAGAUUGUUUGAUUUGGUGUCAUCAUAUUUAAAUGUUUACUGUCAGCUUGCAAAAGGCCUUUUUGAGACAAGGCACUGCAACAAUUAGACAACAAAUUCUCUUUUUUACUGUUACAAUACUUAGUACUUCAACAAUUAAUACACUCUUAAUUAAUUCAGUACACUGUUAAGAGGUUUAGCAGCUUGCUCGAUCUGUCAUGACAAGUAACUGGAGGACAGAGGAUGGGAAGGAGCAGCAGCAGUGGUAGUUGUUGUAACAGUUAUGUUCAGAAGUCCAGAGCUUUAAAUCCUACUUUUUUUUUUUUACAUACAAAUACUUAAAUUAUAUUGAGCUUCUAUUAUAUUAUUUAUAUAUAUUGUAUAUUUGAUCUUUCUUUUUUCUUUUCUGUACAUGAUAAUGUUACUGGAGUUUUUAAUUUCCUUGAGGGAACCUUCCCAAAUAGGAUAAAUGUCGAAUUGUAUCUAAUCUAAUCAAUUGGCUGCAAAUCAUAGCUUCAUAAAAUAUCUAUUAACAACAAUACCAAGCAAUUAUAUGUUUAGAAGUUUUAUGGCAAACUUGUUUCACUGUUUUUUAUCUCUCACUGUUGACCGUCUCAGUUAGCCAUUGUCUUACAUACUCUUAUAUUGCUGAUCUGAUUUAUUUGCAUGUAAUGUAUCACUCACCAACACAAGUUUUAGGUCAGGACUUUGUAAACUCACCAGAACAGUCCUGUUGCCUUUCCCUGCCGUGUCACAUACGAGGGUUUCAUGUUCGAUAACAGGAUGUGGAUGUCAUUGAUCUAACGUGUUACUGUGUCUUCUCUGUGGUCGACAGCCCAGUAAAGUGACGAGUGACUGUAAGGAGCUGAAGAUGCUGUGUGCUGAGGAUGAACAGAGCAGGACAUGCUGGAUGACUGCCUUCAGACUACUCAAAGUACUUCUUUUUUACUUUUAUAUAUUGUUCACAUGAAUUAAUCAGUCAAACCAUCAUGAAUAUACUCAAGAUGAUGCCAUCUUUCUUCUCUUGUCUUCUCACAGUAUGGGAUAAUACUAUAUCAGAGCUACAACAUCCCCCACCAGAGAAAGUCCAACCUCCCGCCUUUCACAGCACCUGUGGUAAGGAUCUGCCCUCUGACAUCACCUUCUUACAUCCCUGCUCUAAUGCCCCCACGCAGCCAAGACCAAUCCAGAUUGAUCCAUUAAUUAGCUGACGGUUAAUUAGACACUAGUUCACUUUGUGGCCACCUUGUGACUUCCUAAGAAGAAUCACGCAAACAUGGAGUAGAUUACCUUUUCUGUUUUGCACAAGAGGGAUCGCUAAGAUGAAUUUCUGCUGUUAUUGACGUUUAUUAAUGAGGGGAAAGUAGUGCUGCGUGGUCGGUUCAACAAAAAUAUUACACAUAACAUGUUAUCUCAGAGUUAUUUAAAGGGAUAUUCCGGCGUAAAAUUAACACAGAGUUAGACACCCCCUCGAGAGAUGAAUGUUGCUUGCUUCUCUAGUUAUACCAACUUUAGUAACGACCGCAGGAUAGCAAUACACACUCAGGCCAGUCCAUUACAGACUACAGCGGGGUGACACAGUUCAAGGAAGAACAUUUAUGAUCAUUUCUUUAUCAUUUCCUUGACGUAAUAAUCAUCAUAUUAAUCAUUUUGCACUGCAGACGCGGUAGUUCUUCUGCCUUAGCGUCUCGUUCUGAUUGCAUUUUCAUGAAGAAAUAUCAUAAUGUUCUUCCUUGAGCUGUGUCACCCCGCUGUAGUCCGUAAUGGACUGGCCUGAGAUCUCACUACAAACAAGCGGCUGCUGGAAGAGAGUAGGUGAGUUGUGUUUAGUCUCUUUGCUAAAGAAAUUAGGCAAAGUUAAAAAGAUGUUUGAUGGCUAGUGCUGUGGCUGGGACCCUAUAUGUACUGUUGAUGAAGUUAGGUGCUGUUCUGAGCAUUAUUUGUGGCUAUAGAGUGGCUUUUUGGUUGAGUGCGUGGCUCCUCAGACCGCUGUCGUUACUAAAGUUGGUAUAACUAGAGAAGCAAGCGGUUGGCAACAGUCAUCUCUUGACAGGCUGUCUAACUCGGUGUUACGGUGUGUUUGACCCUAAAUUAAUUUUACGCCAGAAUAUCCCUUAAGUACUUUGUUUUUACAGAAGGCUCCAGCACACAUCCACUGCACAGUACAGGGCAAAUGUGCUCUCAAACUUAUGAACGUUACAGAUUUGUGAAUGGAGCUUGAUUUGAGAACCAAUAGUCAUAUAAUUAAUUUCACUGUCAAGCAUGAUAGUCAAAUCAUUGAUGACGGCACAAAGCCAAUGCUAACAUUUAAUAUGAGAAGUAGCCACAUAAAGAGCACGAUGCUUUAAUGUUGUAAUAGUUUCUUUCUUAAGUCGAGAGCUUUAGAAGUAUUCUUUAAAGAAUAACCAGUCAGUUCAAGCAAAACGUGUUCAUCCUCGCCCAAACCCUUUUUCAUUUUUCCACUAAUAAAACAUGGUUCCUACUCUGAAAUGUCACAGUGAUUUAAGAAAACAAGUUACUCAGUCGGCUUGCUUGUGCUUUCCUUAGAGGGACAUUUGUGAAGUAACUGAAGUGGGUCUGUGUGCAGACAGGAUUUGUCAUGCCCCAGUGAGUGUGUCUGGCUUGUUUGACCUCUCACCCUUGUCUACCCCAUCCCCCAUCCUCGUGUGCCCCCUCCCCCCCUUACUCCUAACCCUCUACCACCCUCCAUCUAUCAACCCGCCCUGCCACGUCUCAACAGAGGAGUGUAUCCGAGAACUCCCUGGUCGCAAUGGACUUCUCCGGAAGAACAGGUCGCGUCAUCGACAACCCUGUGGAGGCUCAGAGUGCUGCUGUCGAGGAAGGGCAGACAUGGAGGGUAAGGAUUAAGAAGUCUGUAUGUAAACCCUUUAAGCCGUGGCUAAUUGAUGUCAAAAUUACAAAAGACAGUUUUAUUAUAAGCCCUAUUAUCCUUUUUUGUUUUUUUUACUGAUACAACUCUUUUUUGAUCAGAUUUUCUUUUUCAUAAUGCAGCAGCCUACCCAUUAGUGAGAAAGAUCAAAGUUCAUGGUCAAAGCUCUCUAACAAAGCAGAUACAAGUUGCUCUCUAUUUUGGGAUAAAUGAAUAAAUUUUGAGAGUUCUUACCAAAAUUCAAAUGAUCUGUGUUUCAGUUCAAGCUGUUCUUUAGGCAUAUUUCACAGUCAUUCAGGCUGCUUAUUUAUUGAUUUGUUAUGUUCCCUUUCUUCCACAUAGAAAAGGAGCCAGCGUAUGAAUGUCCUGGGCAGUCCCAGCCCGCUGCAUCCAUCCUCUCUGAGCACAGGUACUGUCACAUCAAACUACUUACGUCUACGAUGCAAAAGAGAUAAGACUAAAACAACUCACUAGACUGUAUGACUUAUUCAAUCAGAUGGGUUUUGUUAUCAGGCUUUUAUUUUUUAGAGCUCAAAUGUAAUGUAUAGUUACAGUGCUCAGCAUAAAGGAGUACACCCCUUCAGAGUUUCUCAGAAAACCUUUAGUUUCCUUUCAAAAUUAACAUUCUCUGUGUCACCCUAAUGAAGGCCAUUGAUUGCAAACAAGAUUUUUGAAGUUGCAUACCAAAAGUAUUUUUUUCAAUUCAAAAUCAGGAUGCAAAAAUGAGUACACCCCAGUCAAAGUUCUGGGAGCAAAGCCAAAUUUAAGUUACCAUAUCACCCUUAAUUUCAUCUUAUGGUAAAUAAAAUGUUAUGUUAAACUCAACUUUGUCAAAACUUUGGAAAUUGUACAUCUAGAUAUUGAGUAAUACAUCACUUUUAAUAGGGGUGUACUGAUUUAUGCCUUAGUCACCAAGACGGGACCAAGCAAGAUUAAAAGAGAUUACCAGAAACAAAGAUGAAGAUAUACACUCACCGGCCACUUUAUUAGGUACACCAUGCUAGUAACGGGUUGGACCCCCUUUUGCCUUCAGAACUGCCUCAAUUCUUCGUGGCAUAGAUUCAACAAGGUGCUGGAAGCAUUCCUCAGAGAGCUUGGUCCAUAUUGACAUGAUGGCAUCACACAGUUGCCGCAGAUUUGUCGGCUGCACAUCCAUGAUGCGAAUCUCCCGUUCCACCACAUCCCAAAGAUGCUCUAUUGGAUUGAGAUCUGGUGACUGUGGAGGCCAUUUGAGUACAGUGAACUCAUUGUCAUGUUCAAGAAACCAGUCUGAGAUGAUUCCAGCUUUAUGACAUGGCGCAUUAUCCUGCUGAAAGUAGCCAUCAGAAGUUGGGUACAUUGUGGUCAUAAAGGGAUGGACAUGGUCAGCAACAAUACUCAGGUAGGCUGUGGCGUUGCAACGAUGCUCAAUUGGUACCAAGGGGCCCAAAGAGUGCCAAGAAAAUAUUCCCCACACCAUGACACCACCACCACCAGCCUGAACCGUUGAUACAAGGCAGGAUGGAUCCAUGCUUUCAUGUUGUUGACGCCAAAUUCUGACCCUACCAUCCGAAUGUCGCAGCAGAAAUCGAGACUCAUCAGACCAGGCAACGUUUUUCCAAUCUUCUAUUGUCCAAUUUCGAUGAGCUUGUGCAAAUUGUAGCCUCAGUUUCCUGUUCUUAGCUGAAAGGAGUGGCACCCGGCGUGGUCUUCUGCUGCUGUAGCCCAUCUGCCUCAAAGUUCGACGUACUGUGCGUUCAGAGAUGCUCUUCUGCCUGCCUUGGUUGUAACGGGUGGUUAUUUGAGUCACUGUUGCCUUUCUAUCAGCUCGAACCAGUCUGGUCAUUCUCCUCUGACCUCUGGCAUCAACAAGGCAUUUCCGCCCACAGAACUGCCGCUCACUGGAUAUUUUUUCUUUUUCGGACCAUUCUCUGUAAACCCUAGAGAUGGUUGUGCGUGAAAAUCCCAGUAGAUCAGCAGUUUCUGAAAUACUCAGACCAGCCCUUCUGGCACCAACAACCAUGCCACGUUCAAAGUCACUCAAAUCACCUUUCUUCCCCAUACUGAUGCUCGGUUUGAACUGCAGGAGAUUGUCUUGACCAUGUCUACAUGCCUAAAUGCACUAAGUUGCCGCCAUGUGAUUAGCUGAUUAGAAAUUAAGUGUUAACGAGCAGUUGGACAGGUGUACCUAAUAAAGUGGCCGGUGAGUGUAUAACUCCACUUCAAGAGUUGGGAUGGUGUGCAAAAUCAUGUUUAAAAUACGAAUCUGAUGGUUUGCCAAUUAUUGAAACUGUAGUUUCAACAUUUUGAUUGUGUCUUUCUACUGUAGUCAAGCCAAUAAAGUCUGUAAAUGAUUUGAAAACUAUGAAACUCUGCUCUUAUCCACAUCUUACAAUUAUGGGAUUGAAGUUGUACCAUGUCAACUGUGUAACCUGAUUACUUACUGGCAGCAUACAUGCCCUCCAGUUUGACAUAUGUAUAUUAUUGGAGAUGUACAGAACAUCGUGUAAUGCUGUUGAUUUAUUAAGGGCAGAGACUCAGACUAAAGGGACACAGAUCCUCCACUGAUCAAACACGAACCAAAGAAAAAAAGCUGAAUUCAUUUGUGUUUACAGAAGCCAAUAAUCAUGAUCUUGAGCUUAUAGAGACAUUAUAUUCCAGGUCUGGGACUGAUAAAUUUAUUUAAUCUUUCAGGAGGAGUUUAAGUGCCUCUGUCAGAUAAACUUAACAAAUGAUGUAGGGCAUAGCAACAAAAAAACACACUUUUCUUACAAAUGAAUACUGUAUGUCAAAUCAUUUGUUCAUCUGUAAUGAAAUACAUCAUCAACAUUGGCUUCAGUGGACCUUCUGGCAGGGGAAGCUGCCAUCUUGGUUGUUUAAGAAUAUACUACAGUAUGGUGCACCUCACUUUUAAAUAAAGAUCUGUGAAUGAGUCAGUAAAUUUGGGUAAAAUUGUUUACAAUGAUACUGUUCCUGACACAUCUGCCAGUGAAAAUGAACAAGUGCUGCCAAAUGGAUCUGGCAAUGUAAGGAUAACUCUACACAUUUUAUGGAAUGAAGUCCAACUGUGGGCAAACAGGCUGCUCAGAAAUGUUUAAAGGAGGGUUUUUUUUCAGUCAGAAUGGAAAAAGUGUUCACGUAAGCACAAAUACUAACAGAAGAAGGUCUGUUUGUCAGUGAUCCACAGGACACAGGUCUGGUUUCAUGGUCGCAUUAUGAGAGAGGAAGCUCACAAAAUGAUCAUCCAACAAGGCCAAGUAGACGGGUAAGAAUAGUCGCCUGUUUAGAAACGGUUUAAAGUCUCUUUUUUUCAAUUUUGUUUGGCAUGAUAUCUCAGUUGGUCUCAUACUGGUCUGUUGGACAGAUGUAAUGUGUGUUUUGUGUCAUGCUUUCAUGACAUUUCAGCAGUUCAAUCUUUGCUCACUUUGGUUUUAGGUUAUUCCUGUUACGGGACAGUCAGAGUAAUCCAAAGGCGUUUGUGCUCACCUUGUGCCACCACCAGAAGAUCAAGCACUUCCAGAUCCUACCGGUCAGUCUCAUUACACAAUCCACUCUCAUACUGUCAUUCUUGGAAAAUUACACGACUCAAACUUCUCCUGAAAAACUGUUUCAAUCACAAUGAUAUGCCGACCAAUUGUUGCGUUUUGCGCAUUUACCCAAUAAUUAAACUUCACUUUCUAUGUUUCCCUGCUACUUUCCAGCUGAUCUUCCCCUUUAAAUGUUAAAACCUCCAUCUGUCCCUUAAGCCUCCUACACUAAGUUACAUCACGACCCAGUAUUUUCCAAAGCAAACCAAGCUUCAAGAUUUCAGCAUCCAUUUUUCUUUCCUCCCAGGCAGACAUCUGUUUGUGUUCAUUUUGAUCCACUGCAGAGAUCAGCUUGAAAUGGCUCAAAGGGGAAGUUCACCUAAAUAGUAACAGACAUGUUCUUUCUCAUAUGUUACUACAGAAAUCAGUCAAUGCUGAAAUCAAAAUAUUCGGUAUAUCAGAUGCCAGUAAAAAGAGCGACCUAAAAUGAGGUUCCUUUAUCUAAGAAAGCACACAGAACUAACAGUUUAAACCACCAAACUUUAGGGGCACAGUGAAAAUUGAUCAAAUAUUGUGUGUCUUAUUGGUCGACAUAAAUACUAUUAUUUGAGAUCAAUUUUAGGUCUUUUGGUCACAUGACAUGGAAGCUACUGAAGAAAAUGUUCAAAAUUUGCCUUUAAAAUUUAACACAAAGAUUUUUAGAGGACAAAUCAGGGAAAUAAAGAGGUGUGUCUUAUUGGUCGACAUAAAUAUUGUUAUUUAAAAUCAAUUUUAGAUCAAUUGGUCACAUGACAUGGAAGCUAUUGAAGGUAAACAGCCUUUUCUGAGAACAUAAACCGGUAAUUUAUUGAUGGUCCCUUAUUCAACACUCGACGUUGACAGCGAGGGUGCUGAGUAGAUUUAACCGCGCUGCUGCUGUUGUUAGUCCCGGUUAUGGAGAGUGAGAAGACACCGGUAGAUCUGCAGUGAAUGUGCGUCAAAUAUCCAACCUAAAACUAACUUCACUGUGGUAUUCACAUGAAAAAAACAUUUGUUGCCUCGGCUGAUUUUUUUCAUGUGCACAUGUGCCCCUAAAUACAUUUUACAAUUCGCACACAUCUAUUUUUAGUUGCAAAUGUGAGUCAAAUUGUCGAGCCCUGGUUUAAACAUAACCUUGUGUUUACAACACCCCCACACCCCCUUUGGAAACAGAUGUUGCUGACAGAUGAAUGUUUUUAUGUGUUUGUAACCUUUGUAAACAUUGUUAGUGUUCGUUUAGUCGUCCUUGUUGUGGUGUGGUGGUUUUAAUUGUCCUCUCUCAAACCCUCUCGCUCUGGCCCAAAGUGUGAGGAAGACGGCCAGGUGUUCUUCAGCCUCGAUGACGGCACCACAAAGUUCACCGACCUGAUCCACCUGGUGGAGUUUUACCAGCUGAACAGAGGAGUGCUGCCCUGCAAGCUCAAACACCCCUGCACCACUGUGGCCUUGUGAUACUCCACCUUCACCGUCACCCCCUUUUUUGCACACCUCUCACUCCAAGAGAUCCCUAGCCCCCCAUCUGGCCCUCCCUUACCAACACGAUGAGGACGAGGAGAUAGAGAAAAGUUCAGUCAAGUUUGGGGGUAUUUGAACUACUCAGCAAGAACCGUUGGAAGUUUGGUGUCCCACUGCGCUCAUGCUUUCUCAGCAUUAUCGCUGUUGAGAUGUUUGAACAGGAAGCAUUUGGACAGCUGAAGCGUUGCAGAUGGUGGACCUAGCAAUCAUCCAGACUCCUGUCAUUGUCGUUGGCGCUUGGACCAUGUUGUUGCUGUUUUGACCCUAAAAAGGACCAUAUGUUGUGAAAACACAAAACAGCUAAGAUUUUUUUUUAAGCAGGACUGCUGCUGGUUUCCCUUCCUCAGAGUCCCGAACACUUCAAUCCCCAAAUGCCUCCUAUCCUACAGGCCUGAUAAGCUGUGGUGCCCACCCCACCCUUGGUCAUGGGGGCACCACCCUCUGACUUCCUCAUCGAUUAUCAGGGAUGGACGAGAACUUCUCUGGUUCUUAUCAAAACCUGACCCAGGGGUAUUCUCAACCUGUGCAGUCCAGUCUGGAUAAGCUGACACCCUGCCCCCUUUUCCCCACCCUAGCCUUCCCAAAUGGACUUUGAUGCUGCCACUCUGCUGUGUCCUGUCCCACAGUCCCGCUGGUCUAACCCUAAUCCCACUUCUCCCCCUCCACAGAAGCUCAGAGAAAAGUUUGGAGAGAAAGACAUGUAGCUAAAGGCGAGAUACGCAGAGCAGUGGUGAGGGUUUGCUGAAAGGACAGAGGAAUGUUAUAAUCAGGAGGGCUGUAAUGAGCCUCUCUUGUAGAGCUGAUUACUUGAUGUCAUUUUAAUGCUGUUUUAUUACUGUUGAUCCAAUGCAGAACUAGUUUUGCACUCCUAAGCGGACAGACAACAGCUGUUCUCUCUAGCUAAAUGAAGCUGCCUGCUCUCUGUUCGUCUUUCUCCAACAACCCCCCCGCCGCCGACCCUUUCCACUUCUGAGAAGCGUGCAUGUGAAUAUCCCUUGAGUUCUGAUUGGAAUACGGUGGCAUGGGAGCAAAGAGAGCCACGACUGAUUUAUGCAGUGCCUUUCAGACAGGUUUGGGAACAUCUUGGACCUCUGUGUGGCUCGAACCAACGUGAUCAUGCUUUCGGUAAAAAUGAAUGUGCUCAUGAACUACCAGCAGCGUGUGAAGACCGGGAGGAAGAGGAGGAUAACUGCUAAGUAGACUCCUUCAAAAGCGUAUCAACCCCAUGAAUUCUACUAAAAUAGUCGUUUUCCUAAAGUGAAAGGGUGAAUUUGUCUGUGAAUGUCAUUUUCUUUUCCUAAGUCUGUUCUGAGCUCACUGCUUGCACAUUUUCGAGAUCUCGGUUUAAUAUCGACGGGUUGGAGCUGUCAUGUUUGGAUCCUGACCACUUUUUUUUUUCAACACAACAAAAAAGACAAAUCAACAAAAAGCACUCCAACGAUGUUUUCUUUUGUUUCAAAUAUGUAAAAUGAAUGAAUGACUUGAAAUGUGAACUCAGUUUGACCGUGCAGCCGAGCACGGUUGAUCGAGGUCACGCGCCUUAAGUGACAAUUUGGAGCCUUGUGUGUUUAUGUAAUCGAAGCUGUUUGAAAUGCACAUAAGGUAACCCAUUUCAGAUGACAGUAGGGUGGAAUAACAUCAAAAUAGUGACGAUUAUGUUUAAUUGGUAGUUUAAUGUCUUCAGAAUAUUUUAAUUAACUUUCCUGUUGAGAGUUAGAUGGGAACAUUGAUACUAGUCUAGUGUAUUUAUAACAAAUACAAAGCCACAAUCAUUUGACAGUAGCUAUUAUCUCGACUAUGUGUUAUAUCGGGAACAUGGAAACAGUCAGCUUGGCUCUGUUUUUGAUAUUUGUGGUUUUAUCAGCGGUUAUCUGUUGCAAUGACUUCAUCAGCUAAGCUAAACGGCUGCUGGCUUUAUAAGACUUGUUGGACUAAAUACAUAUAUAAUUAAUAUUAAUUUUAUUAUUAUUAGAUAUAUCAGUCAGAAAAGUAGUAUCAAUCUUCUCAUCAAACUGUUGGCAUGACAGCAUACACCCAUAUCCCACUUGACAUUUCAGUCACAAUCACACAUCAUGAUGAACUUAUUUCUUCAAAGCCAUCACACAAAUAUCACCCUCGUAGAUAUUCAAUCAUGUCUACACCAACAGUUGCCUCAGUAGACCAGAAUGCCUCGCACAAGGCAUCCGUCCAAAAAGGACUACACUGUUGUUUUGGUCGAGUUUCAAAGCCCUAACGAUCAAUCGAGUAUUCAACUGAGAACUACUUAGCAGCGAUGAAGGUAAUUAAAAUAGGUUUCUCUCCAAAUGAUCUGUUUUUAGGGGCGUUUAGUUUGGUAGUUUGAGGCGUGUUCCCCUUGUACAGAGGCUGUUUGCUGCAUGCCUCCCUCCGCUCCCUGCUUUGCAUACAACUUUGUCUCUCUUCUGCUUUCCAAUCAAAUGAAGGCAGAAAAUAAAUGGCUCAAAAAUUCUGAUUUCACUCAUCUUACAUAAAAAAAUGUUCAUGGAUGUUUGUAUUUUGGGCUGUUGGCUGGACAAAGACGUCAGAUAAAUUGGUCACCGUCAUACCUCGGACAUUUUUACAAGUUUAUAACAUUUUAGAAUUAUUGAUUGAUUAAUUAAUUAACCCGUAAAACUGAUAUAACAAUCAACAACCAUUGGUUUCAGCCUUUUGAGGUUUUCAGCUCGCUUGCUCAGUUUAUGAACCUACAUUUUGAUACAAACUACAUAGAGAUGUCUGUGACUGUUAUUUAGAUCAAUUUGAAUAGACUUGGCAAUAAUGAGGACUGUGACAUUACCACAAAACAAAUCAGUCUCAAAGUCAAGACAUAGAAACAUCCAUAACAACCCUGUGUUUUUCCCGUCAAGUGUUUGGAUCAUACACUAAAGAAAGUUUGGUCCUUCUCUGUCACCUUAUGCUGUCAUGUGGCAGAUUUAUUGUAAAGAAAUGUGAUAAAACAGCUGCUUUGACCCCUUCCCCCUCACAAUUUGUACAUGCCCUCACCUGCACCUCCACCCUCUCCCUCUUGUGCCAGAAUCCUAGCGAACAGGGCGAGCAGGAGGCUCACAGACUACCUUCCAGGCUGACUGAAUUCUCUUUGAGUAACGUCACUGACCCUCACGCCACUGCUGCCACCCGUUGACCAAAUCAAACGACUAACAAACUGUGCUCCACCAAUCAGGACUUUCUAUUCAGUAAGGGCAGACUCACCCCAGGGACUGGAUAAUGCUUGAACCCCCGCCCCUUUCCCCGUUUGUGUCCAGCCUGUAAGCUACGACCCCAUGGUGAAUUUGUUUGUGUGGAUGGCCUGACUGCUUCAUUCAGGAUUGCUAAGUCUGCCGGUGAUUACAAUUUGCCUACCCCAUAAAACAAAAAGGUUGGAUUGGAAAAGUUAUGUUUGGACUUUUAAGGAGACAGGUUUUUGGCUGGAUUCACUUGUUGAGGUUCUUUCCUGUCUGACAGAGAGGAACACAAGACCAUAUCAUUUUUGGGAUAGUAGGGACAAAUCACCGUCUUCUCUUUCCUCUAUUUUUAAUCACUGUGUUACAAUGCAAUCCUAUACACAAGCCUAAGUAUAUGAAUAUACCAGUAUACAGUAUCAUAUGUUUGUUAAGUAUGUGAAGCUAUGGAGAGGAUGUAGAUGUAACACUGUACCUAGGUCACAGAUCACUAUGUAUGGGGCUUUUGCUCAUAACUCCAUGUAAAAAUGAAGAAUGAUUUAUUUUGUCCUUUUUCAUUAUUUGAUUGUGUAUAUUGACAUUAUAGUGUAUUUUCUUUGGUUUGCCACAAAAUGACCUUUUAUAAAUAUAUUAAAUAUAUAUAGAAAAAGAAUAUACCACAUUAUAUACAGUAUUAAAUUAAGUUUUUUUUUUUUUUUUACUUAAAAAAAAAAAUCAAACUGGAUUUUCGGCAUAUGUCAAAUUUCUGAACAUCAGUUGUGCAUAUAAGCUGACAGGCUGGCGGUCUCGAACUCUGCCAUUGUCCAAUUCUGGUGCGGUUUUGUUUUAAAACUACAUCUUUUGAAAAACUCUUCUUCCUCACAUCUGAUCACCCACUCAUUUACUUUCAGUAACUGUUUGAUUAUUAUACUUACUCACACAUGCCAGUGGUUUCUCAUUAAGAGCACUCACACAACCAACGCUUCAUUUACGGGGAUAGUCAUAGCAGCUUUUGUACACCUUUCACUGCAAGUAGUACAAUUAUAUGCUGUAGCUCAGAAGGGUUGUGCUUUUCAUUAUGUCCAUUUACUCGGAUUUAAAGGUGCAUAACUUGUUUUUUACUCCUUUACCUUACCUAAGCCUAUUCUCGCAGCAGGUGCCUCUUGUUUGGGAAUUGUAUCAUGUCCUCAGUUGCCAUCCGUCCACUCACUGCAUUCAUGUACAGUAAGAGCUGUAACUGUGAAACAAUCCUACUGGAACUAAAUAGUAAUAUCGGGUAAACAUCAUGUACCCAUCAAUAUUGAUGACUCACAGUGUAGGUACAGGUGUUCAGUGUUUGGGGUUUUAUUUUGGUUAAAGUCAUCAUAAGCUGAAAAUAAAAAUCUUUUCAGGGAAAAAGACAAAAAGAGAAAAUGAACCGUUUUCAUUUUUCAGAUAGCCCCAUUGUGCUUUUGCUUCAUUCUGUCUGCACGGCUCCUGGAUCUACAUUGUAUCCUGUUCAGGUAUUUUUGUACAAAUAAGGGACUGAUAUAUUCUCUGUUUAUUGGAAAUUAGAAUAAAAGACGACAUUGCUAUAAACCAAAAACGGCUGGCCUGGUGCUGUUCUGUUCUGUUGGAGUUUUGUACAGUCUCAGCCAGAGCAUGCGGCUGGAUCAUCUUGUGUACAAUCUUGACUGUCCUGAUUUUUUUUCUUACCUUUCUUUUAUCAAGUAUUUCACUGUUUUUUGACUUAACUGAAAAUAAAGUGAUGUUUGUGAGA